AUGUGGAAUAAAUUAAUGAGAAUGGAUAACCAUAAACAUGUAAUCAAUAUUACUUCCACUAGUCAGGUAAGCGUUUUGGAAUCUUUUGCUAUACUUAAAGGAAAAUAGUCAUCAUUUUUAUUAUUGAUUUUAAAUAAGAAACUGCAUGCAUUAUAUAUUAUUUUUUACUUUAUAUUACUUUUUUUUCAGUGCAUCUCUUUACUUAGCCUUGACCUAUGGGCCUAUGGGGGCACCUAUCUUUAGUCCUCUUUGGUCAGAUUGAACUUUUUUCUUUUUGUUAAUGUGUUUUAUUUGGGUUUUUAAGUUCAUCAAGCGUUAACACAGUAUGACACUCAGGUCUUAAGGAUAAAAGGUCUGCAGGCAUCAAGUCAAAAAGCAACAAUUAGAGAAUGGACUUGCAGGAUCUUAUAUAUGGCUAGAAGCCAUGCUGGUAAUCGAGAAUUAGUGAACAAAUGCUGAAAUCAUGAGAAAGAGCUAAGCAUCUCAAAAAUGCACUCUAGAACAAUACAUACCUUCAAAUUGUGUCAGGUUUUAGCAUUUGGUGCUCCUAGCCAAACACAGCCAGAGGUGGCCACAUUAUCAAACAAUAUUUAAAAAGAAAACUAUACACACAGAAGCUUUGUUACAUGCAAAUUGUUAUCAGGAAUAAUUACAAAAAAUAAUGAUAGUUUUCCAGUGAGUUGCAAAUGUUUUUAUACUUGAAAGAGAUGUUAAAAGUUGCUUGUAGUUUUCUGAUCGUGUUAAAAAAAUAUAUUUUUUAUUAAACGCAAGCUUAGUCAACUACAAUGUGCAACUGUAUUGUCAUAUCUAUAUUACUAAGAGAUAGGGGUGGCUGUGUGGUUUUAUGUGGGCUACAGCUAUGCGUCAAUUUACUUAAUCCCCGUCACCUUACAUAAACGCCUAAUUGAGUCACCAUCUUAUUUAAUUGAAAUGAAAGUACAGUUUGGUGUUUUUGCCUAUAUAAAUAUGUGUUUUUGUUUAUAUAAAUAGAGAUAUUUUAACAGGAACAUAAAUUGCACCUUCCUGUGAUGGUUAAGAGAAGGAUACAAGAGAUGACUCUGAUCUGAUCUGUUCUACUAGGGCCUAUCUCUAAAUCAAAAAGUUUAGAUAGGUAAAAUGCAGAUUUGUAUGUUUUUAUUUAGUCAUUAAUUACUACUUGUUAUCAAGUGCAAUGUGAUGUUCUUUGACGGAUGUCAGGUUUUGUAAAUGUUUUCCAAAUCCUUAUCUCUUUCAGUAAAAAAAAAUUGCUAUAAAAUAAUGAUUUAUAUGAUAAAUGUGUUGCAUUAAAUGUAUUUCACUAUGAUUAAGUACUUUGAUUUAUGGCCAAAAUUAUGUAUAUAUAUAUAUAUAUAUAUAUAUAUAUAUAUAUAUAUAUAAAUAUUUUGUAAACUCGCAUUUGUUAUUGCCUGGCAGGUGAUGGAUGGAGAAAAUCGGACUUUGGUUAAAGAAAUUCAUCUUUUGGGAUUCCAAGCUCUUCAGAGCUUCAAGAUAAUCUACUUCUUACUGUUUCUUGCUCUAUACAUUGUGACAUUGACUGGGAAUAUCAUGAUUGUCAUACUGGUGUCAGCCAGUCCCAAACUAAACCAUCCAAUGUUUUUCUUCCUUGGUCAUCUUUCUAUAAGUGACAUCAUACUAACCACAAAUAUUGUUCCUAAUAUGCUAUGUAUCAUACAAAGAGGACACGGUAGCAUGUCUCUUCCAUCUUGCAUUGUCCAACUUCAGUUCUUUGGAAUUUCAUUAGGUACGGAAUGCCUACUCCUUACUGUAAUGUCCUACGACCGCUAUUUGGCCAUAUGCAGUCCAUUACAUUACAACACGAUUAUGGACACCAGACUUCGUCUUUCCCUUGUUGUUUCUUGUUGGGUAUUAGGGUUUAUAAUAUCCUUUGUAACUGUAAUACUGGUAAGUCAAUUAAAUUUUUGUGGACCAAAUAUCAUUGAUCACUUUUUCUGUGACUUAGUUCCCCUUUUACAGCUUUCUUGCUCAGACAUUUCUGUUGUGCAAAUAGAAAAUAUUGUCCUGGCCACUCUAUUGACACUCUUUCCAGCUAUAAUUAUCAUUGUGACCUACAUUUGUAUUUUCAUCACCAUACUUAAAAUUCCAUCAACCUCUGGGAGACAAAAAACGUUCUCCACUUGCAGCUCCCAUCUGGCCGUUGUAUCUACUUUCUAUGGAACGCUGGUCACACUCUAUGUUAUUCCCGCUGAUGGUCACUCGUUGAAUGCUAACAAGGUUCUGUCUCUGAUUUAUACUGUUGUGACUCCAUUAUUUAAUCCUAUUAUUUAUAGUCUGAGGAACAAGGAGAUAAGAAUUGCAUUGGAUAGGUAUGUAUUUUUAUUGAAGAGAUAAAAAUGAGGAAAUACCACAUUUACUUAAAUCUAAAGCACACCUUUUUUGUAAAAAAAUAAUGUUUCCAAAAUUUGAACGUGCAUUAGAAUUGAUAACGCAUUACAUUUAGAGACAAAAUUCUGAGGAACAAGGAGAUAAGAAUUGCAUUGGAUAGGUAUGUAUUUUUAUUGAAGAGAUAAAAAUGAGGAAAUACCACAUUUACUUAAAUCUAAAGCACACCUUUUUUGUAAAAAAAUAAUGUUUCCAAAAUUUGAACGUGCAUUAGAAUUGAUAACGCAUUACAUUUAGAGACAAAAUUCAGAAUUUUCCAGCAAAAUAAAACUGGUGAAUUAAAAUUAGUGAAUUCAAACAGACAAACUCAAACGGACUAAAUCAAACAGACAAAUUCACACAGGCGAACCUCAUUCUGGCGAAUUCAAAUAGGCAAAUUUCGUUCUGGUGAAUUCACACAGGCAAAUUUUGUUCCUGAAAUUAUUUAUAGAGUUCGCGUUAUAGAAUGACAAUGAAUAUAGUGAAAAUAAAUUGUAAAAUAGAUUGAAAGUAAAAUAAAUGCAAACACAUUAAAAAUAAUCCAUUAUGUAAAAUGUAUCAAUAAUUGUUCAGGAUUUACGUUUUCCAAAAGAGGAUCAUAAGAAGUAAUAAUAAUAGUACAAUAAUUAUGCACUAGAGGUAAAAUAAACAAGUAAAGCUAAAAGCGCACGCACAGGAAGUUGCAGAUAGAGAAAUUUUCUUUAAAUUCAAUGUCUUAACUUUACUGCACGACAACAAUGAAGAAAAAGAUUUAACACUGUUCUCUUUGAUUUUUAAGUGGCUAACAGCUUUGGCAAGUAUGCCACUGGGAUAGAAGCCGUCGAAAAGGGGGGCACUGCUAGUUCAGGCUUAUAUCAGUGACUCAAAUUGCAUUACUGAUGUGCCUUCUAAUGACUUUGCUCUCCUGUUCCCACUGCAGCCAGCUUUAGAGUGAGUAGAAAAGUACACUGGAAUCAGCAGGGUGCUGUAGAACCAACUCACUUAGUAUAGGUCAGUUUCCUACCAAAGAAAGUAUACAGCAGGAAAGGAUCAUAUGCUUCAACAUCCUUGUCUUUUGUAGAGCGUUGCUUAGCUGCUUGUCUGUGCCUAGACUCCAUUGAAUCCACUGAAGUCCCAGCAGCAACUGCUUGUUUAGGUGAGCACGCAUCUGCAGUGUGAAUCUACACUGCCUGUAUCAUGAGACCUGAUCACCCCUAUUUCCUGAGUCCUACUCUUCCCUACAUUCCAAGGCCUGUCUCCACUGUAUACUGAGACUUGCUCUCCUUUGCAUCCCGAGAGUUGCUUUACAUUCUUUCCUGAGGCCUGCUGUCCUUUGUAUGAGGUCUGCUGCCCAAUGUAUCCUAAAGCUUGCUCUUCCCUGCAUCCUGACGCCUGCUCUCCAUUGUGUUCUUGGUUUAAAGGAUCACUAUAGUGUCAGGAAAACAAACUCGUUUUCCUGACACUAUACAACCCUUAGGUCCCCCCCACCCUCAGGGCCCCCCUUCCCUUGAUGCUGAAGGGGUUAAAUCCCCUUCAGUUACUUACUUUAAUCCAGCGCCAGGCUCCCUCGGCACUGGUAACCCCUCCUUUCACUUCGACGUUGGCUCCCGAGUGGAGCGGAAUGCGCGGCAAGAGCAAUGCUUUCCUAUGGACGUUCUGCACGCUGAAUGUGUUGUCGAUGUUUGGUCUACGUCUACUAGGUCGGUUAUCUUUCGCUCAGUUUCCAUUGGAAUUCUCUAGGCUUAAACAGAGAGGAUUUUACGUACGUUGUGAUUGGUGCAUGGUCCGAGUCUCCGAAUGAGCCAAUAUCAGAGGAAAUCAGCCACGCUAGAUACUCCUGUGCUAUAAAGAGGUAGUCAAUCCUGCAAUAUUCGUUGUGAAGGCGGAAUAGUAGGAGUAGUCCCUGGUAUCAGGGUGUGCCACCCUCCAGCAGUCCACGAGCCCCGCUCUGCGCAAGGCCAUCUUUGCCCUUCUAAGGGAGUGGGGGAGGUAUGGUGCAAUAACCUGCCUGGAAUCCAGGGGCAUAUUAAGAUCUCCGGCCAGGAAUAAUAGACCUUCUCUGAAUUUUUCCAAAAGGGAUAUUGUUUUAGUCAGGAAGGUGUGUUGCUUCGUAUUAGGGCUGUAUAUUGAGGCAAAGGUAUAGGUGUGGUCUGCUAUAGUUCCCUUUCCGAAGAGGUAUCUACCCAUUGGGUCGGAUUCUACAGCCCUGCACAUAAAUUGUGUGCAAAUAAGCCCCGGUCCCUAACCCGAUCACCCCCGCACCAAGCCCUGGUGAUGUGUGUCCGAUCCUGUACAUUCUCUGCACUGCCCUGGUUCCCACCCAAGUGGUCAGUGUCACCACCAAUUCUGCUCCAAAAUGGGCCAGGGAAGAAAAGGGGGGUGAAAAAGAGGGGGAUCCCGGUGCGGUAUUGGUUGAAGACACAAGGUCCCCAUUGUGGUACAUACCCGUGUCCGGCUAGUCAGAGGGAACGUAGGAGGGCAGUUCCCGUGCGGGGGGAGGACCCGCUGCGCUUAUUCUUCAGGCCUUCUAGGCCCACAUCUCUGCAUGCCUGUAAGUCGGUCUCUCCGUUCGAGCGUUUGGCGAGUUGUCCGACUGGGGGGGUCUAUCCAGAAUCCAAUUGGGGAUCCGAACCGCUGGCAGGUUCAUCACUCGGAGGAAGCCAGGGACGUUAUUCGGCCACAGUAUGGAGUGCCAUCGGUUGUCUCUUUUGGCCUGCAGGCUGAAGGGGAAUCCCCACUUGAAUUGAAUUCUCCUCCCCUGGAGCAUUUGUGUGAGCAGCCUCAGUGCACUGCGGGAAUCUAGCGUUAGGACUGACAAGUCUUGGAACAGAGACACCUGAUUGUCCAUGUACGGCAGGGAGGCUUUUGGUCUGGCCAAUUGAAUUAUGGCUUCUUUUACUUGGAUGGAUAGUAGGCAACAUCUCUGGGUAAGCCAUCCCGCCUGGGUGAUCUGAGUGCCCUCUGCGCUCUUUCAAUGUUAAAUUGUGCAGGAGCAUCGUCGCCCAGAAUGUGUGUGAAUAGGUGGGUCAAGACGUAGGGUAGUAAUUCGUCCUCACUUUCGGGGUGCCUUCUGGUGCAGAUCUCCUCUCUGAUUACCGUGCAGCGUUCCAUUACCAGGUCCGUCGAGUCACUUCACAUCAGCAUAUUGGCUGAAAUUGAGGACAAUUCUGCUGAGAUCUGUUACUUUUUUUGGCAAUAUGUUAUCUGCUUAUAGGAUGACAUAUAUGAUAUCAUAUGACAACACCACAAUGAUUGUUGCCUCUGAAGUACUGGACACACUAUUGCCACUAGAGAAAAUGCAUGACUGUGUGGUUCAUCUGUCAGCAAUGGAUGCAGCUAAAAUGCUUAAAUCAUCAAGAAAUAUAAUUAAAGCUUCUCCCACAAUCGUUGCACACACACCUUUUUUGUGUGCUGUAAGGUACAUUUCUUUUACAGUCUGAUUUGUCUGAUUUGUCCAAAUAACUCUCACUAUUUUCACUGCUCUUGUAGACAUUGUCGAGUUUGGUCUCAGAAAUAGGAUAUUGGUGUAUGUUAUCCAAUGCAAUGCAUAAUGAGUACUUGAUUUUUCAUUUUGGUGGCAAACAUUUGUGUCUGCCACACUAAGAUCAGGAGUAGAUUCCACAAUUACAGAAAGUCUUGAAUUAUUCUGUUUUUAUAGGUCUUUCUGAGGUAUAUUUUCUAACUUUCAACUUGAUGAUAAUUGUUGAUCUUGUUCAGACAUGAUGUCACAAUCUAUUAAAGCAGGGUUUCCCUAACUUUUAUGGGCCAAGACCCACUUGCUUUUAAUGCAUAUUUUAAAAAUGAACACCAUGCCAAUCAGCUUUAGAGGCAUACAUUUGGCACACAAUGGCAAUAAUGUUAAAGGCAUACAAUUGGCACACUAUGGCAAUCAAUUUUAUAAGAGUGGAAUUGGCACAGCAUGGCAAUCAGCUUCAGAUGCAUACAAUUGGCACACCAUGGCAAUCAUUUUUAGAGGCAUACAACUGGCACACAAUGGCAAUCAGCUUUAGCUACAUAAAAUUGACACACCAUGGCAAUCAGCUUUACAUGCAUAAACUUGGCACACCAUGGCAAUCAGUUUUAGAUACGUAAACUUGACACAUCAUGGCAACUUUAGAUGUAUAAAAUUGGCACACCAUGGCAAUCGGCUUUAGAGGCAUAACAUUGGCACACUAUGGCAAUCAGUUAUUGAGGCAUAUAACCGGAACAUAAUGGCAGCUAUAGAUGCAUAAACGUGGCACAUCAUGGCAAUCAGUUUUAGAUGCAUAAACUUGGCAUAUCAUGGCAACUUUAGAUGUGUAAAAUUGGCACACCAUGGCAAUCAGAUUUAGAAGCGUAAAAUUGUCACACCAUGGCAAUCAGUUUUAGAGGCAUACAAUUAGCACACCAUGGCAAUCAGCUUUAGACGCAUACAAUAGGAACAUCAUGGCAGCUUUAGAUGCAUAAAAUUGGCACACCUUGGCAAUCAGCUUUAGAGGCAUACAGUUGGCACACCAUGGCAAUCAGUUUUAGAUGCAUAAACUUGGUGCAUCAUAGCAACUUUAGGUGUAUAAAAUUGGCAAACCAUGACAAUCAGCUCUAGAGGCAUAAAAUUGGCACACCAUGGCAAUCAGUUAUUGAGGCAUACAAGUGGAAUAUCAUGGAAGCUUUAGAUGCAUAAAUUUGGCACACCACGGCAAUCGGCUUUAGAUGCAUAAGUUUGGCACACCAUGGAAAUCAGCUUUAGAUGCAUAAAAUUGUCACACUAUGGCAAUCACUUUUAGAUGCAUAAACAACCUCACGUUGUGUAUCCCAGAAGUGGAACUAAUGUAGAGAGGGAAAUUCAAUAUGUACAGGCGCUCUCUUAUCCAUAGUGGUGCUAGGUAUCAAGUUAGCCCACAUUAAAUACCAUGUACAUAUACAAUAAAUGCGUAUGAUACCACACUCAAAAACUGAUAUAAAGUAAAUAUAUAAUUAUUACUCUGCCUAUUGAAAUUAGUCAGAUUUAUCACAAUCUUUGUGAAAAUAUACAAAUAUUGCAAAAAAGUAGAUUAUCACACAAAACUAUAUCCUAUAUGGACACAGCAAUGCAAGACCGUGGGUGAUAUACAAAACAUAAUUGAAUAAAAUAUCCCCAAUGUUAUAUUGCAAUGUAGAAGGCCACUGUGUAAGUGAAACACUGUCUGCAACAAAUACACAAAAAGGAAAAAUUAUUUAAGAAAAUAAUAUUUUAGAGAAUUGAAAAAAAAUGCAAAAAGGAAAAAGUGGUGAAAAAAAAUAAACUAAACUAUACACUAAAAAUACAAAAACAUGCAUCCAUGUGUGGAUGCUCUUGGACAGAUCUCACCACCACUGAUGUUAUAGGAAGUCCUGAAUGUUGUUCAAUCUCUGGAACGUGGUAUGGUGUUUUGACCAGGUUUGUCCAGAUGGAUGUCCAAAUGUGUAUCUGGGUGAUUGCAGAUGUAGGGCUGUCAAGGUGAGUCUCUGGUUUCCAUAUAUCACAGCUAUCAAUAGGGUUCCUUGGGCUGCGCGCUCGGGACUUGGUCCGUCCCUUCGAAGAGAGAGAGCCCUGGUGCAAGUAUGUUUUCUGGGAACCCCUCUAGUGCAAGUGUGGCCAAAGGUACUGCAAUCAAAUGCAAACAUUACAUACAAACACACCCCUGUAUUAAAACAUUAAAAUUAUAUACAAACACCCCUUCAUUUAAACACCAACACUACAAACAAAAGCACACCUGUAUUUAAAGUCAAAUACUACAUACAAAGACACCCCUGCAUUCAAACGCAAACACUACACACAAAAGGUGGAUCCCCAUUUGUCGGAGAACUUCAACAAUGCUGAGGAUCUUCCAUUUGCCCAUCGUUGCAGGGUUGUAUUUGUGAGCAGUGUUUGAGCAUAAGCAUGUUUUUGUAUGAAGAAUAUGUGUGCAUGUAUGGGUGUAUUUGUAUGUACUGUUGCCAUUGGAAUGUAGUGGUGUACUUGUGUGCAGGGGCGUACCUAGAGCAUUUGGCACCUGGGGCGGAUCCUGUGGUUGGCACCGCUUUGCCCCCCUCACCCCCACAAAAAAAAAAACCUGUACAUUUUUUUAAAUGUUUUCUUUUUUUUUACAAUUUUUAAACUUUGCAAAACUGCUGUCAGCCCCUCCUACAAAACCCUUGUCCUGCCCCGCCCCCUCCUACAAAACCCCUGUACUGCCCCCUUCUACAAAUCCUGUACUGCCCCAUCUACAAAACCCCUGCAAUCCCUUUCCACAAAUCCCCUGCUUAUCCCCCCUUAUAAAGACUCCUGUCCCAAUACCAAAACCCCUGCCCCCUUCUACAAGAUCCCUGCAGCCCCACACACACAUUUACAGGAAGACAGUCACACACACAGUUACAGGCAUACAGUCACACACAGUUACAGGCAGACAGUCACACACAGUUACAGGCAGACAGUCACACGCACACAGUCACAUGCAGACAGUCACACAUACAGUCACAGACAGUCAUGCACACUGUUACAGGCAGACAGUCACAUACACACACGGCAGCAGCAGACAGUCACAUGCACACAGUCACAGACAGAUAGUCUGAUGUUACAGGCCACAAACAGUCACAGGCAGACAGUUACACACACAGUCAGUUACAGGUAGUCACACACAGUCAUAGCCAGACAGUCACGCACACCAUUACAGACAGACAGUCACUCACACACACAGUCACAGGCAUAGAGUCACACACACACAUACAGGCAGACAGACACACACACACACACACACACACAGUUACAGGCAGACAGUAACACACACACGGUUACAGGCAGACAGUCUCACACACACAUACACAUACACACAAAGUUACAGUCAGACAGUUACACACACAGUUACAGGAAGACAGUCACACACACAGUUACAGGCAGACAGUUACACACACUGUUACAGACAGACAGUCACAUAUACAGUCACUCACACACACAGUCACAGGCAUAGAGUUACACACACACAUACAGGCAGACACACACACACACACAGUUACAGGCAGACAGUUACACACACAGUUACAGGCAGACAGUCUCACACACACACACAGUUACAGGCACACAGUUACACACACAGUUACAGGCAGACAGUCUCACACACACACACACACACACACAGUUACUGGCAGACAGUUACACACACAGUUACAGGCAGACAGUUUUACACACACACACACACACACACACACACACACACACACAGACUAACACUCUUACUUACAGACAGUGGGCUGGAGGAGGACUGGAUUCCCUGAAGUCCUAUCCUGAAGCCUGUGGAGAAGCAGGGAUUCCAUCUUGCUGCACCUCCAUGUGCAGCAGUAACAGCAGCAGGUAAGGGCUGUAUUAAGCCCUGCCCCUGCUGCCAGUUUGGCUCCACCCCUGAUUUUGCUUAGCUCCGUCCCCACUCUCAUUCCGUGCGGCCAGUUCAGGUGCUCCUUGUGCGUGUGAGCUGUUCUUGCCGCCCGGCACCCUAAAUAUCAUGGGGCACUGUCAGACCGUACAGCUCACACAGCCCCCUCCAGCCCCCAGACCAGGGUCAUGGCACCUCCUACCCUGCUGGCACCCAGGGCAGACCUCCCCCUCCUCCCCACCCCCUUAGUACGCCACUGCUUGUGUGUAGUGUUUACGUUUGAAUGCAGGGGUGUCUUUGUAUGUAGUGUUUGACUUUAAAUACAGGUGUGCUUUUGUUUGUAGUGUUGGUGUUUAAAUGAAGGGGAGUUUGUAUAUAAUUUUAAUGUUUUAAUACAGGGGUGUGUUUGUAUGUAAUGUUUGCGUUUGAUUGUAGUGCAUGUGCAGUGGAUGCACUGUGUGUAUAUUAUGCCCCAUGGAUCAGUUUUGCACUGGGGCCCAUGGAUUGAGUAUGCCACUGGGUGUGGGUCAGCGGGACCCACUGGGAAUCACCCGGCGACCCACACUUUGGGGAAACCUUGUAUUAAAGAAAACAUAUGAUGUAAAAAUCAAGUUUGAUGUUAUAUAAUAUUAAUAUAAUUUUGGUUUAAAGCUUACAGUCCAUCUUCAGACUGACACCUUGCUGACUGACAAUAGUUUUAAGUAUCAGUCAGUUUAAAAUGCAAUCUACUUUGGCUCAAUUUUUUGCAACUUUUUAAAAACAUAAACAUCAGUAUUGAACAUAUGAUUUGUUUUCUAUAUAUAUAUUUUAAAGCUUAUUUCACCUGUGUCCCUGCACUAAUUGGCCUUUCACCCAAGAGCAUUUCUUGCCUAUUCCCCACAUAUCAUAAUACUCACUACAUGGCUCGGUUUAAACAUAUAAACGGUAUUUGGGUAAGGGAUGCUGGGGGCAUUGGAACAUCGAUCAAGCAUGUUUAGCAGAAUACAGCAAACUUUUUCACUAAUAUUAUCCAAAAGAAGCAUUUUCGCAUAAAACUUUUCAGUUAUCUACAAACAUCUGGGAUCUGCAUAUUCCGCAACAAAUUUAUAACACAUACAAUGAACCUCUACAUGCUCGGUAAGAAGAUUAAAUAUUUUUUGAGCGUUGUGAUGUUCAAGUGUAAAGUGUAGACACACAAACAGACAGUAUAGACAGAAGCAAAACAUUGGAGAUAAAUAAUGCUGUCUUGAUAUAUAUAUAUAUAUUUUCAAUUUGACAAUUUUUAUUUUGAUACAUAUUUACAUUUUAUCACUCCAAUGCACAGUGCAUAGAAAGUGCUUUUUCUAUUUCUCUUUACGCACAGUUACUACUAAUUAAACACCUUGAUUUUUUUCACUUUGUUUCAGAUGUAAGCAUUUGUUUAUAGUGAUUUUUGCUGUUUUUUUAUGAAAAAUAUAAACUUAUUUCAAUCAGUUUUAAAAAAAAAUAAAACAAAACAUAAUGAAAUGCAGUUAUGCUUCAUAGAGUAGAUUAGAGAAUAGGAAAAAGAUGGAAUAUUAUUUAUCAAACCAUAACAAUAUUGCCUUGAAAGGACGAUCAUUAAAGAGUGUUUUAUGUUUAAAGUGACAAAAACAAUUCAUUGUGUAAUAAGUAGUUGAGACGUUUGUGAAUCCCAAGUUACACAUUUAUUGAAUUGUAAGAAUUUUUUCUAUACAAAACAUGAUAAGAAUAAAUAUUUUUACAUGCAUGUCUGACAUACUUGCCAACAUUCCCAAAUACAUCUGUACAGCCAUGAUCUUAUCCUGUCAUACAGAACAUAAUCAGCACAAUUAGAUACACUCAAGCUGUAAUAGACAAUAAUACGUGUAUUUAAACUCAUAUGCAAGAGUCACCGUAUCACUAGCCGUGUUUGGCUGCCUAGGUCAGGGGAAAUAAUGGAUGCCAUGAUAAUACUGCCCCAUUGAAAUCAAACACAUCACCACUGAUACAAAAUGUUAUCCACACCACCCUAACUCCCCCUCUUCUCCUGACAUCAUACUUGCCAAAGUUGGCAAGUAAGACAAGUCACUGAGCAGCUUCUAGCCAACGUAAUAACCAAUGUUUUCAUGUUUUUGUACAGUUUUCACUGUGGUGAUGAUAUUCAUAUUACUUUUAUUAUGAGCUUGGUUAAAAAUAAAAAAAAAAGUAUGUUUUACAUAUGGUGUAUUCAUUAAUUAAUUCCCAAAUCCAGAUUAUUUCACAUCACGUGAACCCGUUGAAGCAGUAGAAAUAAAUGUAUUUUGUAAUAUUACAGUUGGGCAGACAGAGGUCAGAUGGCAGGGUAUCACAUGAGUAUUGUAGUACAAUGGCAAGAUGGAGUGAUUUAAAAAGAGCAAUAUGUUUUGGUCAAAAUGUGACCAAAAAGAACCACAUUAGGGAAUGUGUAUAAAAGUAUAUCUAUGAGAAAAGUAGUGAAAUUGUGAUGCAAUUAAAUUAUGUGGUUUAUAUAUAAAAAAAAUCCCUAGAGGAAUGCACAAUUUGUACAAGGUUUGGCAAAAUAGUAAAUUUAUCUAAUUAUAAUUUUGUGGCCGAUUAAAAUUCAGUGCAAAAGUGUGUUACUUUUGUUGACUUUACUUCACCAUUUUGUACCUAGCAUUAUCUGCACUGUAAGAGACGUCUCAAAUAUACGAAUAAAACGGUAGCAAUGUGUCCCUUUUUUCUCAUGUGCAAAGCCCACUUAGAGAUCUUUAUACAUUCCGUUUAGGCGUAUGGUUAAAAUAUGAGCAAAUAAAUCUUGCAGUGUGUUAAAGAUUGCAUUCCAUUGUAUACCUAACCUCUUUACUGCUUUUUAAGGUGUAGCACACAUCUUGCUUCCUGCAAACCUUUGAACAUUAUAUUGUAACAAAAAAACUAUAGACAGCCACACAGAUCUAUUUUAUAUCAGGUUUGUGUGCAACGUAAAUACAUUUGGGAAUGUUUAUAAGACUUUAUUCUACCACAUAUUUUGUGAGAUUAAUUUUCUAACCAGAAGUCAUCAGAUUUUCCAAAACAUCUGCUACCUCUUGAUCCACGCUUACCAUCUCACCCAUUCAAGUAGUAAUGAACCAGCACAUUCCUUUACUCUUUCAAUUUCAAAAUAUAGCAAGGGUGUAAGGGAAUAAUCCUGUAAAAGAAAUGUCAUUCAUCAAAUUCCAUCCAAUAUACUACACUUAGAUUUUUAAGAUGUGUACUCCAAACAAACCAACCCUGACACUCAUUGAAGGUGUAUUUAAUACUUGAUAACAAAUAUAUUUCUGAUUGUUUAGUAAAACCAUCUUUCUGUUGUAAGAAGAAAAAAAAUAUUCCUUUAACAUCACUGAUCCAGGGAGAGGUCCAGUUUACAAACUGGAGCUAUAUAAAUCAAUCUGAACACAGGGAUUGGAAUUAGGCAACUCAAUCUAUGCACCAUGAACUAUGCUAUGAUACAAAGUUUUUCCGACACUUAAAGUGACCCUAUCAUUUAUUUUCUUCCUAGGAUUUACUUGUUGAUGUGUAAAAUCAAUUGUAAUUAACAAUACUGUACCGGAAAUCACAUUAAAUAAGAAAGAUAAUUUGACAAGCCCACAGCAACAAAUUAUGACUGAAGAAAACCAGACCUCGGUUAAAGAAAUAUUUCUACUGGGAUUUAAAGUACUUUACAACUUUAAGAUCCCUUACUUCCUUCUGUUCCUUGUGCUAUACACCAUGACGUUGACUGGAAAUCUCAUGAUUGUAACACUGGUGACAGUGAGUCCAAACUUGAGACAUCCAAUGUUUUUCUUCCUUGGUCAUCUCUCGCUAACCGAUAUCAUACUGACCACAAAUAUUGUCCCCAACAUGCUAUGCAUCAUACUAAAUGGUGGGAAAAGAAUGUCUCUACGAGCCUGUAUAGUCCAGCUUCAAUUCUUUGGACUUUCCUUGGGUACAGAAUGUCUUCUUCUUACAGUGAUGUCCUACGACCGUUAUCUGGCUAUCUGCAGUCCAUUGCAUUAUACCACGAUUAUGAGCAACAAACUUCGUCCUCAGCUUGCAGUUUCUUGUUGGCUGUUGGGUUUUAUAAUUUCCUUUAUAACUGUGAUACUAGUGAGUCAGUUAAAUUUCUGUGGAUCAAACAUUAUUGAUCAUUUUUUCUGUGAUUUACUUCCAUUUCUGCAACUUUCUUGCUCAGACACCUUCAUAGUGAGGUUAGAGAACAUUUUACUGGGAACUCCAAUAACGUUGUUUCCGGCGAUAAUCAUCACUAUAACGUAUGUCUGCAUUUUUAUGGCUAUUCUCAAAAUACCAUCAACGUCCGGGAGACAAAAAACAUUCUCCACCUGCAGCUCCCACUUGGCUGUUGUAAUUACUUUCUAUGGGACACUGGUCACGCUCUAUGUGAUUCCUUCUAGUGGACAUUCAUUAAAUGCAAACAAAGUUCUCUCCUUGAUUUAUACUGUGGGGACUCCGUUAUUUAAUCCUAUUAUUUAUAGUCUGAGGAACAAAGAAAUAAGGGUGGCAUUUAAAAGAUAUAUAUAUUUAAUUAACAGAGAGAAAAGAAAUCAAUGUAUGUAAUGUUAUUAUUAACAGAUUAAAUUUGGGCGAAGAGCUGAUUAUCACAUUCAAGCAACUGGCUUUAAUAAUUUUGUUUUCACCAAUUUAGGUGAAUAAAUGGAUGGCAAUACCAUUUAUUUUUGAAUCUACAUGGUUAUUAUUAUUAUUAUUUUUUUUAUUAUUUAUAUAGUGCCUAAAAUUCUGUAGCGCUGUACAUUGGGCGGACUAACAGACACGUAAUUGUAACCGGACAAAUGGAACCGCACAGGAACAGAGGGGUUGAGGGCCCUGCUCAAUGAGCUUACAUGCUAGAGGUCACAAUAUUUGGCACUCAAACCUGGUCCGACACCCAUAUUGGCUACUGAACAAUAAAUCUACCACCGUAUCCAUCUUGGUAAAGCGUUUCACACUGGUAAAAGCUUGAACGCUGGAAUCACACAGCAAAAGAUAAAUUAUGGACUAUAGCCUGUGAUAUACAAGGUGUUUUUGGCACAGUCUUGUGGAUUCAGCUGCAUUUGUGGGAGUCAGCAUUAUCUGGAAUAAAGAAAAAUUUUCACACUUAUAGGAAUAUUGUGUUUUAUUUCAUUAGUCCAGCACCUGGAUGAUGGUAGAAAUUGAUUUCAUAUAGGAAACCUCUCUUUUUAAUAAGGUCUGUUACUUUUUUUGGCAAUAAGUUAUCUGCUUAUAGGAUGACAUAUAGGAUAUCAUAUGACAACACCACAAUGAUUGUCGCCUCUGAAGUACAGUAGACACUAUUGCCACUAGAGAAAAUGCAUGACUGUGUGGUUCCUCUGUCAGCAAUGGAUGCAGCUAAAAUGCUUAAAUCAUUAUUAAGGUUGCCGAAUUCAUAUAGCUAUCUAGGGUAAAGCAUCUAAAUUUAAAGAAUCAGAAAAUAAGUGGUCUCAGCAAAAGAAACGGAAUGUCAGGGUAAAUCUGUUAAAUAUAUUGUAAAGUAUAUCUUUAUUCAGUCUACUUUGCCAUUUUUUUCUUAUAAUGUUACAAUAUGUACAAUACGUAACAUUCUUAAAUAUGGUUCCACAUUAUUUCAACAUGCAGAUCCGUGUGCUUGACAGUCAAGUGUUAUUUUCACAUUGAAAUUAUAGUUUGCUUUGUCCGGGUAUGAAUUUUCUGAUGUGUAACAAGGUGUUCCUUACGGGUAAAACCUUUGCCACAUUCAGAGCAAGCAAAUGGACGUUCUCCUGUGUGUAUAGCUUGAUGUCUAACCAGAUAUGAAUUAUGAGUAAAGCUCUUCCUGCAUUCAUUGCAAGAAUACGGUCUCUCCCCUGUGUGUGAUCUCUGGUGCACCUUGAGUUUCGAGAUACAAGUGAACCCUUUCUCACACAAAACACACAUGUAUGCCCACUCUCCUGUGUGAGUCGCUUGGUGUUUAUGAAGUAUUGAGUUAUCGACAAAACACUUUCCGCAUUCGCCACAAACAUAUGGCUUUUCUCCCGUGUGUGUUCUGUGAUGAGUGACAAGAGCGGAUGUGCAAGAAAAGGUCUUCCCACACUGGCUACAUUCAUAGGGUUUCUCUCCCGUGUGAGUUCUGUUAUGAAUAAACAGAGAAGAGUUACUGGUGAAGCUUUUACCGCAUUCCCAGCAUACAUAAGGUCUCUCUCCUGUAUGGAUUCUUAUGUGAGUAGAGAGAGUGGCUCGGCUUGUGAACCCCUUCAUGCAGUGCGUACACUUGUAAGGUUUCUCCCCUGUGUGGAUUCUCUCAUGUAUUACAAGACAGGACUUUCUGCCAAAGUUUUUUCCACAUUCAGGACAUGAAAAGGGCCUCUCUCCAGUGUGAGAUCUUUGGUGUGUAAUUAGAUGUGAAAUAUAAUUAAAGCGUCUUCCACAAUCAUUGCACACACACCUUUUGUAAGGUACAUUUCUUUUACAGUCUGAUUCGUCCAAAGAACUCUCACUACUUUCACUGCUCUUGUAGACAUUGUCGAGUUUGGUCUUGGAAAUAGGGCAUUGGUGUAUGUUUACCUUGUUAUCCAAUGCAUAAUGACUCCUUGAGCUUUCAUGUUGGUGGCAAACAUUUGUGUCUGCCACUCUGAGAUCAGGAGUAGAUUCCACAAUCACAGAAAGUCUUACAUUUUGGUUUUUACGCUCUUUCUGAGGUAUAUUGUCCAACUUCAGACUUGAUGAUAAUUGUUGAUCAUGUUCAGACAUGAUGUCACAAUCUAUUAAAGAAAAACAUGUAAUGUAAAAAUCUAAAUUUGAUGUAAUAUAAUGUUGGUAUAAUUUUGGUUUAAAGGUUAAAGUCAAUUUUCAGACUGACACCUUGCUUAGUGACAUUAGUUUUUUUUUUUUUAUAAUUCUUUAUUUUUCAGUGCAAAACAUAGUCGUUACAACAUUUGUUAAAAGGAGGCCAGAUCGUAGCACAUUCUUGCACUAUUUUAUUUUUCUAACAUGUUUGUGUAGGCCUUGAUCGCUAUCGUGUCAUCCCUCUAUUCUGAGGUGGUUGAGUGUGGUAUGUGCUAGCUGAUCUAUGGGUGAGAGUCGGUGUGCUGUGGUUGCUCGUUGAGGGUCCUAUGGCUUGUUCAUUCAGCCUGUGGGCUGGUAGUGUAGCGUGGUAUGUAGCCUCUUCAGUACAAGGCAUACAGGCUGUGUUGUUUGGGUCCCGGGGAGGUGUUGGGUGUGUGAGAUAUGCCUUGUUACGUUUGUAGUGGCUCCUGACCAUGGGAGCUGCGGGGGGGGGGUGGUGGAUGCGUGAGUUGUUUGGCGGUUGCCUCGUGUGUGAGUGUGGAGGGAUGCUGUUGCUCCCCGUUAUGGGGGGUAGAGCAUUGGUUGUGUCCCCAACCUUAGGUGUGAUUACCUGUGUGACUGUGGAUGUGGUCCCUAAACAAUUGUUUGGUCCCUGGUAUAGGGUAUGGGGGAGGGGGGGAGAAACUGGGAGAACAUUGGGGUAUAUAUAUAAUGUCCUGAGCAGAUAGUCCCGUGGUGAGCGUAUAGACCGACUGGUAUGGCUGGCUGGACUUUAGUCGGUCUGUUGUCUUAGGUUGGGUCCUCGCUGGUGCUUGUUCCUGGAUCUGCCGUCCUCUCUUUCCCCCUUCUUGGGAUGAAGGUUGUUGCCUGCGUCGGGUCCCAGCUUGACGUUGAGGUGGAGGCACUCUGUCGUGCAGUGUCCGGCAGCUGUGCCAGUCCCAGGGCCGUCAGGAAUGGUGCAGUGUCUUCCAUAGAGGUGAGUGUGUGUACGCCAUCGUUUCUGGAUACCAUCAGGGAUCCGUUUGCUCCCCAUCUAUAGCUUAUUUUAGCUGAUUGAAGCUGGCUGGUUACCGGUUGGAACGUUUUUCGCCACAGGAGGGUGGUUUUACUGAGAUCUUGGUAAAACGUCAGAGACGCUUCUUCGAAUUGCAAGGGAGUUUUGCCCUUAAGUGCUGACAUUAUGAGUAUUUUAUCGUGUGUUGAGGAGCACCUUAAUAUCACAUCUCUUGGUGCCGUUGUCGUCAUCCCCUUGGGUCCUGGUAGGCGGAAGAUUUCUUCCAAAUUAAUUUUUUUGGCUACCGUGGGGGACAGGAGGGUGGUUAGCAACCGUCUGGCAUAAUGGGGGAGCUCGUCCGCCGCCACUGCGGUUGGGACGCCCCUUAUCUUCACAUUAGUACGGCGGUGGCGAUCCUCCAUUGCUGUGAUGUGUGAGGUGACAGCUCUUUGGUGAGCCCAUAGUUGUUGGACCGAGGUCUGGAGGUCUUGUACCUCUGUCUGGACGUCUGCUAUGUCCCUCUCCGAGGCCUGUACUCGGUCUGUGAUGGCCUUCAUGUUAGUUUUAAUAGGAGCUAAUUCAGCUGCAAGUAUUUUAUGAAAGUCCAUCAAUAGUACUUUCAGGUCUUGUCUGGUCGUUGGUGUGGUGUCAGUGGGAGCAUCUGAUGGCUGCAGGUAAGUGUCCGCCGGCCUCUCUGCCCUUGCUUGCUCAAUUGGGUUUGAAUGGGCUUCAGGCCUUGUACCAGUGACCUGCCGUGCGGGCUCUGCGGGUGUGGGUUGGGGUUGCAUGGGCCUCUGGAACAUCGUUCCGAUGUCUCUGUGCUCCACAGCCGCCGUCUUUUGCGAGCGGCGACCCAUCGCUGGCGUGUGGGGUGAGGCCUCUUGUGGUGCUUGGAGAGGGCUCCCGUCGUUCGCCUGUUGCCGGAGGAGUGCUUCCAGGCUUGGCAGGGACAACGUGGGGUAGGCCCCGGUUUUCCGUUUUCGUCCGGGCUGGGCCUUUGGUUGAAAAAAAGGCAUCUAUCGCCUUGGGUGGUAUUGGGGGACGUGACUGUCGGGUUUUGGGGUCCGUCUGGGCUUUAAUUUUGGGGUUUUUGGGGGAUUUUGCGCUGUAAUUUGGAGGAGCUUGCAUGCGUGGCGUCUGUUCAGGCUGGUGGUUGAGCUCCGCCCCCCAGUGACAUUAGUUUUAAAUAUCAAAUAGUUUAUAAUGCAAUCUAGUUUGGCUAAUUUAAUUUUUUUUUUUUUUGCAAUUUUGUUUAAAAUAAAUAUCAGUAUUGGACAUAUCAUUUUUUUUGUCAAGACUGCACUUGGACUGUAGAAAAAGACAGACGGGUAAGAGGUGUUUGCAGGAGAGAUUCUACUCAUUGCUCCUCCUCCCCAAAUUAAAUUCCCUUCUUAGUAUUUAAAUGCCUAAUCUAAUGGACAGUGGAAAAGAAUUUAAAAAACUAAAUUAAAUCCCCCCUUCAACAUUUAUGAUUGUGCAAACCAUAUUGACACUGACACAAGAGCACUUACACAGCCGUAAACAAGCUACUUUUGAAAGAGGGACACAGUCCUAACCAGACUAGCGUAGACAGACGCUCCUUGACCCCAACAAACACAGAAAAGUGAACUGGUGGCAACAAGAGUACUUACUUAGUUCUAGAACUAAGCCUCAAUUAUUGUGUCCUGGCUGGCUCCUUAAGGCGAUUGUAGGUGUAAAUCAAUAUGCUUUACAAGGAUGUAAAAUGCUGUAAUGCCUUUGCUUGAUUCAAUGAUAUUGUUCCCUUACCCUUUUUUUUUCUGUAUCCCUUAAGGACACAACUUCCGGAAUAAAAGGGAAUCAUGACGGAAUAUUUCCGUCAUGUGUCCUUAAGGGGUUAAACAUGAAAAUAUUUCCAAUAAAAAACAAUAUAAAAAAAAUGUUAAAAAUAAAAUAAAGACUAGAAGCAAUUCUGAACAGGCAAAUGUGAGAGGAUGUUUUGAGCUCUGGUCUAGAAUGGAUGUGGCAGCUGCGCAUGAUACUACGGGCGCUCCCUCUUGCAAAUGAUGAUGUCAAUGUGGCAUAUCACUCAUAAAAGGAAGGUGAGAUAUGGGAAAGAAUGGGACACGCAUGCCUCCUGAUUACCAAAUGCCAGGAACAGAAUCUGCAGACCAAGGGGUGGUGGGCUUGCCAUAUCCAUAUUAAUUGUAUUAUAAUACAUAUUUAAACAUAUUGUGAUAAAGUGAAGGCAGAUAGGCCUUUUAACCCCAGGGGAAGUACGUGUAGUUUUUGUGUUGCACAACACAAAGCUUUGUUUAGUUAUGGGCCCCUGGGGUGGAGCAUUUGGAGAGAAGGGUGGGCCAAUGCUCCACUCCACAAUUUAGUGGUUUUCUGGGGAGACAUAGAUCCAGGCCAGGGUUUUUUGGACCGUCUCCAACCCACUGCUCAGCUGCAGUUAAUGAGCUGUUGCAGUGGGAAUAAACCCCUCCCUACUAGGCAGGUAAAAGAGAGGGAUUGCUGGCUUCCUCCAAGGAAGCAGGUAGGAGAGAGGCUGUUCUCUCCAGAUAGAGAGUCAAGGAGACUAGGCACUGCGAGUGCAGAAAGGAAGUAGUCAAGGCUGGCUUGGAGCACUGGGAGUGGAGAAAGAAAAGCAACAGGCUAGCUAGCAGCGUGUUGCUAUCUAAUAAGGUUGGUGCAGUAUGUUUUGUUAGUUUAACCCUGAUAGAGAGGGUUAUUCAAGGUGAGUCAGUGCUCAGACGAGCUAGGUUUUUGUUUAAAGGGAAACCUGUUAUAUUUAUGUUUUCAUUUGCUGCUGCCUCAUAUGUAAACUUACAAAUAAAGUGCCUGGAAUGAAGCUGCAUUAAAAGACUGUGCAUGUUUUUGCCCUAGAGGACCGUGCUACCUGCUGACAAGGAUCACAAUAUGCAAUGAUGACCUAACUCUAGUGCUCUUUAACUCACCCACUUAUAUAAUACAAUGCAGAAACAAAAGCAAUUAUGGGCAUUUUAGCGAAUAAGGAGACUUAUGUCAGACAUGCUUGCAGAGAGCUCCAAAAUAAAUGCAGCAUUAUAUUGGCAAAUAUAUGCCACAAUCCCAACAAAAGCAGCCUAGCUCAGCAAAACAACAGUGCUGAACCAAGUAGAGACCCGUGGACACCCGCCUCGUGAAAUUCUGGAGUGAACGCUCCACACUACACAUAUGAGGCCUAACAUGGAAAGUGGCCCAGUGGCCGGGAAAGGGGACCAAGGGGAAAGCAGCAGCUCUCCUGAUGACCCGCAAAUCCCCCCCCAUCUGGACCGGUGGGGGUUAUCCCGGUCCCCGCUGGGGAAACCAACAGGCUUACAUCUUUAAAUCCCUCGGCCGAAAUGCAGACCGCAUGUCGGGCCCAAGAUGGCUGCCGAGGACCAACCCUUGCAAUCACAAGAAAGCCCAGUGACAGAGGUGUGGAGACAGUGCUUUGAAGCUCAGUUUUACCGCAUCUGCCGAGAUUCUGGAGGCGUGCAGAGCAUAAUGCCACCCACCUCGUUAUACCUACCACACAGGAGACUGGAGCUGAAACGGCGGCUUAUCAACUGAGUGCUCACAUGAAGAAGUGACCAUCUAGCCGAUGGGCCCGACAGCGUAUGGGCCCCAUGCACCGAAAUGCGGAGCAGCACAAUACCACCAAACACGCACCUUACCACCUCGCAGCUGCUUCCCUGCAUGGCACACACAAGGGAGCUGACUCCAAGCUGGCAUGCCGCUCAAACGGAGAGCUCACAUAUGGCUCUACAACUCACGGGCACUGAGACAGCCUGGAGGCCAUGACCCAGUUACUGAACUAUGUGGCGGAGCGGUCAGUGAAGUACAAGCCCUCAUGAGACUUGGGACCGGUGGUGCUCUCACCUACAGCAAGACGAACUCAGGUUUCUCAGAUUUGGCAGGCUGCCACUAGUGGGCAUUGGUUGAGCCGCCUGAGGCUAUGGCUACAGGCCGUUUAGUUCACAGCUUACCCCCAAUAUUCAGUUUGCCUGACCUGCUACCCAGAGGUACCCAUUGAAACCGAACUUAAGCCUCUAAGCCAGCCAACAUGCAUAUACGUAAUAUGUACCAUGUUAUUUAGCAAUGUUUGUCCCCAGUCUCAUGAGGGCUACCUCCCGUUGCCGUGAACUUAUUAUUUUAUGCUCUUUGUGUAUAUUACCUAACCUAGCAUGUCUCCUAGCAAAACAACUCACCUUUAUACGUUUGCACCUAGUCUGCAUCAUAAUUUUCAGCUAGAUAGACCUAACUAGAAAUCUUACUACCCUGUUUAUCUCUUGUUCAUAAUAUAAAAGAAUUGUAAAAAUUGUGCAUGCCUUAUCUAAUGCUAUGCUAAGCCUGAGGAUUGCCAUUGGCGUACUUUGAGAGGGUAAAUGUGGCGUUCAAUGUCUUACUCUGUCUGCUGGCUGAUCAUUAUUUGAGGUGUCAUCAAUAACAGACAGUAAACAAAAAUGGUGCUCAAUGAGUACAGAAGGUUUAAAACAUGGAACUUAGGUUAAAGUGGGAAGAGAUGGCAAGGAAUCACCACAAAAUACAUUGACAGAAAGAGAACGACAGAAAGAGAACGACCCCUUAAUUAAAUUCUAUUAGGGAAGAGGAGCUACAAGCAGAAUUGGGGGAGUGAAUGUAUCAAGGAAAAGCCAUAAACUGUAGAGAUGGAUGCAAAAAAAAAAAGUGUGAGCAAGGACAGCUGGAAAGUGUACAGGGACAACAGGAAGAACAAUGAACUGCAAGGGAAAAUCACAGAGCAGAAGGACAAACAAAGAAGGUCCUUUUAGUUCACAAUAAGCUUCAUUUCUGAAAAGUGUUGCUCGUUUGAAACAAAAAAUUUGAAACAUAAUAAAGUCCCAGAGGAAAGAGGGAAUAUUACUUGCUACACUACAUACAUCCAAAAAUGUUACUUGACAUAUGUGCCAGACUCUUCUUGGUCUCUUCUGACUGGUCAAAAUCAGCACUGAAUGACAUGAAGUCUGCCACACUCUGCAAGAUUCAGACAGUAGACUGUAAAUGGUACUAGAAGCAGGCCAGAACAUCUCCUACUACAACUAAAGGUGUGUAUUCAAAUCACAGGAUUUUCUGUGGAGACCUAGACCUGGAGAUAUCUUGCAGGAACUCUCACUCCGGUUAAUGUAUGUAUGUUUUUGCGAGGUGUUCCUGUUUAAUUGUUCAGUUCAUUUAUACACGUAUUUCAGGAAGGAAGUUAAGUACUUACCAGGACUACUUCGGCCUUUUGAGUCGUCCAUUACCAUUUCUUCUUUUGGGACAAUCUUAUGUUCCACAAUGAGAUCGCUUUGAAUUCAGUAGUAAAGACUGUGGUUUCAACAUUGAAAACAUUUUUCUGAGUACAGAUAAUAUUAGUUUCUGCAGAAAGAUAAAAUACUAUUUUUUUAUUUUUUUUAUAGGGAUGCAAAAAAAGAGACCCACCUUCACCUUUCGUUCAUGGGACAAUAUUGACUUAUUGUUCAUUGUGUGUAUAUGUAUUUGUAGUAAACGUAUAUACCACUGGAUGUAAAACUGAUUGAUAAUCAGAAACUAAGUAUGAUGUUAUAUGUUUUAAUGUCUUUUUGAAAAAUAGAAAAAAUUCUAGUCAAAAUCAUUAAAAUGUAUGCAUAUAUUAUCCAUUUAAUUCUUUAACAAAUGUAUGGUUAAUAAAUGACUAUUGUGUCUUUUUGAAAAGGGUGAGGAUCAACACUAACCUGGAACAAUGACGCAUGUUACUGGUUAAGAGAACGCAACAGCGUCUGUCAGAGAAUGGCAGAAGUGUCCACAUUGAACCUGGAAGAUACAUUUAAGUAACAAGCAACUGUGAUUUUGUCGGAAUAUCUUUUUGAAGAAUGAGAUAAUGUUCUCAUUCAGUGUUUAGUAACUUAGAUCAGAGUUUGAAAUAAUUUCAAUUAUUAGAUAAUUCUCCAAACAAGGUGUCUAACUCUUAUCUCAAGAAAGCUAGCUUUCACAACAUAACCAUUACUACAUUAUUUACCAGUACUACUAUAAUCUUCUGAACGACUGUUUUCUAAAUUGCCCUUGCCAUUUCUCUCAGAUUGACACUUUGCCAUCUAUUCCUUUGGUACAGCCUUAUGAUAUAGAUAUAUAUAAUAUACAUACACACCUAUAUAAAAAUACUGCUCCUUUUGGUUACUGGUCCUUUUGGAUCAUAACCCAUGCUUUGUUCAACGCAUUGCUUUCAACAAUGUAUGGUUGUUAAACGUACCUGCAGAAAUACAGGGUGAAGUUAAGCUAGGAAUUCUGGUAUUGUUGUGAAAACAUUAUUCCUCAGAAAUUCUCUGCCCACGAGCAAGACUUCUCAAAAUUCGAUUUGAGACCUGUAGGUGACGCACAAUGGUAAUUUUUCUAUCUGUGUUUUGGGAGUUUUAUUGUAUUUGCUCACACCACAAAUAAUAUAUAUUUAUUUUUGUCACCUAGUUAUAUAUAUGUGUGUGGGCACUAAGGCUGUAUCAUAGAAGGGAGUAAUUAAAACAUGGUUAACAUAGCACAGGAGUACAUAAAAGUCGGUUGUCGUGUGCCAAAACCGACUUACAGGUAGGCCUGUAAAAUAAAGAGGGCCCACCUAUAAAGGUGUAUUGAAAAAAAAGGUGUAUCGGAAGAAGAGGGAGGGGAAUGUAAAUUGUUGACUAACGGUUAUGGGGAAUGAGGGGGAGUCCCUUCAAAAAGGGUAACAAGCCCCUCCCACAACUCCAAGCUAUGCCUUCACAUUCGUGUUCGGUGCACUAAGGCUGUAUCGUAGAAAAGAGUAAUUAUUAAAACAUGCUUAACGUAACACAGGGGUAUAUGAAAGUCGGUUGUGGUGUGCCGAAACCGACUUACCAGUAGGCCUAUAAAAUAAAGGUGAAAAGAGAGAGAAUACUAUUCAUAUAUUUAUUUUUUGUGUUUUACCCUUUUGCAACACGCUCCCUUGAUAAAGGCAUUUUUCUGCCGAAACGUUGGGGGCUUGCUGGUUUAGUUUUCCCCUCUUUUCACUAUUUCUGAUAUGAAUUGGUUUGUUUUGUAUGUGUUAUAUGUUGGGUUGUUAUGUCCUGGUCUCUUUAUGUCCUAGUAGUUAUUCUGUUUCUUAUGAACCUGUUUGUUAUCAUUCCUGCUUGGAUGUAAUUGCAGAAUUUUGUGCAUUUCUUUGUAUUAUUAUCAUGUGAUUUAUGCUUUGAUGAUCUGAUAUGCAUUUUGAGAUACCUGCUUUUUGUGGACCUAUUUAAUAAAGUGUCAUUUAAUUUUUACGGUUGUGCUCCUCAUUGAGUAGUAUUAAUAAUAUCCCCAAACCCUGGUAAUGCACAUAGUACAAUCAAAACCAAUCAUAAUAGCAUAUCUAUAUAUUGAAUAUGAGAGAAUAUAAUUAAAGUAAUGUAAAACAAUUUAAAAGUUACCUAAGUUGUAAUAAUCAUUAAAACCACUAGAGGGCACCCAUGAUAAUAAAACCGAGUACAUUUCUAACUGUGUGUAUACAAUAUAAUGCAAAUAGUAUUACAUUCUACCUAGCAAAUGACAGUGUAGUGUUGCUUAAUGGCUUGGCCGAACGAGUGUCAAAAUAACCUACUAAUGAAUUAUUGUGUAUAGAAGUUGUAUGAAUUUCGAAAAAACAUGCAAGCAAAUAUAUUACAUGAACUAACAAUGUGUUAGUGCGAAUUAUCAUUAUUAUUUCCCAUUUAUAUAGCGCCAACAGAUUCCGUAGCGCUUUACAAUUUUAUGAGAGGGGAGAUUGAAUGAUACCGAAUGCUCGAUAUGCCCAUAGAGCAUUCAUGCUACUGCAAGCUAAUGUGUAAUGCAGAGCAUUCAUGUGAAUGUAAACAAAUGCUCCACAUGAACCAAACAGCGUGGCAGUGCAAAUGGAACGCUCAACACUCUACUUGGAAUAGCAGUAUGUUCAUGCAAACAUGACUUAGUUUUUUUUCCUAAGUCUGGCAAAAUAGAGUCUGUGUGCAUGCACCUGGUGUUGUGAGACAGCCGGAAGCCUUUUACUGACAAUUCUGACGGAAAUAAGGGAAGCCUCGAUGGACCAUGAAUUGAAGUCAGCGGCCCUAGUUAUCAGAGUCUGGAGUACCACUUUCCAGUACUCCAAAGUUAGGAGGUAUGGUGUGAGACUUCCUUACUCAUAGUGCAAAUUUGAGAUUUCUGUGGGAAAAGCAAGUGUUGUUGCAGAUCUGUAUUUAAGAAUGUAUUGACUAUCUACUUACUUUAGGUGGAAGGGAUUUUGAAUCCCUUUUUUUCCCCACCAUUAUUUUCUUGGUGUAUAUAUAUAUAUAUAUAUAUAUAUAUUAUAUUACACUCUGAAUUUCUGUGCCCAAGUGGUGGACUUCCUAAAGUUAAACUGGAGAUAUGCAGGUGAAGCACUCCAGUAUUUUUUUUUUUUUAUCUGCUUCAAAUUAUGAGUAGCCUUAUCAUGUUUGGUCUCAUCACACAUUAUUUGGCACCGCAACCUAUAUUUGUGUUCGGGGCAACAUCGAUCAUGAUUGAAGUAAGAUUGUUGUUAGUAAAACCUGUGAUAGGAAAAGUCGGUUGAGGUGUGCCAAAACCGACAUAUGCUGUAGGCCAGUGAAUAAAGUGAGUGUAACGGAUCACCUGGCACCCCGACUGGGUACCUCCAUUGAAGGAUGCUCCUAGCGCUUCCUGAGGACUCCAGCCGACACCAUAACCACCGUAGACUCCUCCAGAGAGCAAGGCAGGAACAAACUCUUACAAGAACUUAGGAGUGAUUAUAGCAAGGGAAUAUGCAGAGCAUAGCAAUCCCUUGUAGCAGAUUCCCCCAAUAAGAGACGGCACUCCAAAUUGAGGGUGAAGUAGAACUGACUGUACUGGCACAUAAAGCCUCUUUUAUUCACAUUUUACUAACAUAGUACUGCCCACAGGGUUUUGCAGAACAAACAAUCAAUACGUACAAUACACUCAGACACUCCCACACAAAAUCCUCCCCUCUGCAGGAAAAUAUACAGUUUUACACAAUAUUCAUAACUCUAAAAGUAUACAUCACACUCACAUUACAGUUUCAGAAUCAGCAUACUCCAAAUACAAACAUACGUCAAAAUCAUACAAAUUGGUCCAGUGUGUCAAAAGUUAGUUGGUAGUCCCCUUGUGACCGUCUGCAAGCAUGGCUUGGGUGUGGUAAGCCAAUUACCUCCAGCAUACAGAAAAUAGCUCUAUUCACAACAACAGUAAAAACACCUAAAAAUACAUAAUUCCUAUUAUACUUAACAGAACCCCCACAUUCAACCUAUCCCCAGAUAGCUUGGAUCUGAGCGCUCACUAUAUCCGAACAGGGCUCAGAUAACACAAAUACAGUCAAAUCUCCAUGGGGUUAAAACAUAGCAAGAGCUGAUGAGAAACCGAGGAGGGGCAAAACAGCAAGUUCCAACUGGUCUGGCAGUGUGCCUGGGACAAUGCCCUGCUGGAACAAUCUACAGGAAACGGGGGUGGGGAAGAGACAUCUUCCCAUGGAUUCAAAUGGGCAGAAACAGUCUUUUAGAAGCCAAUAAGCCCCAAAUAGUCUUUUUAAAUGGCAAUACACCCCAGGGCCAUAGUCAUGAGGGAGGAGGCUGGCAAUCAGGCUCCUCCAACAACAAGGGGGAAAGGGCAGUUGGUCAUAAAAAAAUCCAGUGCCAAAAGUCAUUUUGUCACAGUGAGCCUACACUAGAAGAGUAUGGUGCAUAAAGGGAGUGGAGGGUGAGGCAGCAGCUCGUCAGACCAAUUACGGUAAGGUGGGGAAGGGGGGAGUCCCUUUUAAAGGUCCAUAUGCCCCUCCCACAACUCCAAGCACAGCUUUCCUAAAUAUCUAGCUAAAUAUAUAUCUUAGAGAUGAAAGUGGAACUGUCACUUCUCUUUUCUUUUCUACUUCUUAAAAGCGACAGGUCAUCAUCCUUUAUCUCAGCAAACACUAUUGAAUUGCUAACUGGAGUGGGUACCAUAGUAGAAGUAAAAACAAAAACAUACUUACAUCAUCAGAACUUCAGUGUCUAGAGAACGUUAUCAUCCCGUGAUGCUGCAGGGACGUCAUAUGAGUUCAGGCAUCUGUAGAGAAAGAACAUGUGAGCAUUCCUUCCACAGUUCCACACAUAUAGGCAGGCACCCCAGAAAAAGUAUACAUUUGUGUAAAAAAAUACUAAAAACACCUCUAAAGUCACCCAGACCACCUCAUCUCAAAAGGUCCUAUCAUAUUUACCCUGCAAUGUAAAACAUUGUUUUGGGACGCUUCCUUCUCCAGAACCAAGUUUUGCUGCACAUAUGUUAUUGUCUCCAGUGUUUGUCUAUGAGAAGCAUUGAAUUGGACAAGAUCCCGAAAGACGUUAGCAGGAAUGUUGGCGUUUUUGGAGGUUGAGAGAGGGGCUGCUACAAAGGAAUCUUGGCGCUGGAAAAAAGGUGAGUAAAUUUAAUUUCAUAUUAAUUUUACAGAGAAAAGGGGGUGGACAGUGAUCACACUGCUAGAAAGGAAUCGAUAGUCCCCCCAAAAUAUUAUUGUUAUUUUUGGGACUAUAGAUUCCCUUGAAUAGUUCAUACUUUUUUAUUUGUCAAUCUGAAAAUGAAUUGAUAAAUAAUCACUUAAAUUACCUAGAAAAAACUAUAAUAUAAAGCAUAAUAACACCACAUUCUCGCUCUAUGCAACACGAGAUAUAGAAAUUCAAAAAGGGUUCAAAAUCCUUGCCUGGAAAUUAUAGACCUGUGAGCUUAACGUCUGUGGCUGGUAAAAUAUUUGAAAGGUUAUUAAGGGAUAAUAUUCAAGAAUUCCUUGAGAAGAACAUGGUUAUCAGCAAAAAUCAACACGGUUUUAUGAAGCACAGGUCAUGUCAAACUAACUUGAUUGCGUUCUACGAAGAAGUAAGUAGAAGUAUAGAUCAGGGUGUUGCCGUGGAUGUGAUCUAUUUGGAUUUUGCCAAGGCAUUUGAUACAGUUCCACACAAUAGAUUAGUGUUCAAACUCAAGGAAAUCGGUCUAGAUGAAAAUGCUUGUUCUUGGGUAGAACAAUGGCUUAAAAACAGAGUACAAAGAGUUGUCAUUAAUGGUAAAUUUUCAAGCUGGACAGAGGUGGCAAGUGGUGUCCCUCAGGGGUCUGUUCUAGGACCCCUUCUAUUUAACAUGUUUAUAAAUGAUCUUGAAGACAGCAUUGAAAGUCAUGUUUCAGUGUUUGCAGAUGACACAAAACUUUGUAAAAUAAUACAAUGUGAGCAAGAUAUUACUUUGUUGCAGAGGGAUUUAGAUAGACUGGGGGACUGGGCACUCAAAUGGCAGAUGAAAUUUAAUGUUGAAAAAUGUAAAGUUAUGCACUUCGGCGUAAAGAAUACACAAGCAAAGUAUACCCUUAAUGGAAGCGAAUUAGGGAUAACAACACACGAAAAGGACUUGGGAAUUGUUAUAGACAACAAACUAUGCAACCAUGUGCAAUGUCAAUCAGCAGUGGCCAAGGCCAGUAAGGUAUUGUCAUGCAUGAAAAAGGGCAUUCAUUCUCGGCACGAGAAUAUAAUUUUGCCUCUUUAUAAAUCACUGGUAAGACCACAUAUUGAAUAUGCUGUGCAAUUUUGGGAACCUGUUCUAAAGAAGGAUAUUAUGGCACUAGAAAAAGUGCAGAGGCGGGGUACAAAAUUAAUAAAAGGAAUGGAACAUAUCAGCUAUGAAGAAAGGUUAACAAAUUUAAACCUAUUUAGUUUAGAAAAACGUCGCCUGAGAGGGGAUAUGAUAACAUUAUACAAAUAUAUUCGGGGCCAAUACAAACCAUUAUGUGGAAAUUUAUUCACAAACCGGACUUUACAUAGGACACGAGGCCAUGCGUUUAGACUGGAAGAAAGUAGAUUUCGUCUAAGGCAAAGGAAAGGUUUUUUUUACUGUAAGAACAAUCAGGAUGUGGAAUUCUGUGCCUGAAGAAGUGGUUUUAUCAGAGUCAAUACAGAUGUUCAAACAGCUACUAGAUGCAUACUUGCAAAAACAGAAUAUUCAAGGAUAUAAUCUUUCAAUGUAGGGUAAUAACUGCUAGAUCCAAGGAUAAAUCUGACUGCCAUUCUGGGGUCAAGAAGGAAUUUUUUCCUAGCUUGUUGCAAAAUUGUGCUUCAAACUGGUUUUAUUUGCCUUCUUUUGGAUCAACAGCAAAAAACAAAUCUGAGGAAGGCUGAAUUGGAUGGACGCAAGUCUCUUUUCAGCUAUGUAACUAUGUAACUAUGUAAAAAUUAAAACAGUUGUCAUGAUUUUUGCCUUUAGCCAGAGUUAACCCAAACAGAAAAAAGCACAAGUAGGGAAGAGAGACUACCUGCAAAAAUAGUGUGCCUAGGAAUGCCUAUGCAUAUCACUGUGAAUACGGUAUUGGAUGGGUUACUUAAAGGACCAUUCAGUGCAACAUGGCAUCUUCAUCUCAAUGAAGUUGUUAUGGUGCCAGAAGGUCCAAGGCACUGUCUUACCUUAAGGAAUGAAACCGUUACGAACAGUUUAACUGCAAACUUCUGAAGACGGUGCCUAUCCACUCUGUCCAGCUCCUUCAGCCAACAGUCCAAGGGUUCAGUCAGGAAGCAAUACUUUGUUAUACAAAGUAUAUACAAAGCAAUACUAUGUUCGACAAAGAGUGUAUGAUGGGAAAUUCGUGUUUCACCAAUGAAUUAACUAUGGCAGAAAACAAAACUACAAAAAAAAAUAAAAAAAUAAAAGUAUGAUUGCAAUUAAUCUCAAAGGAAAAUCAACACAUUUAUACAUUAUAUCACCAAAUAUUCAAGCACAUAUUUAUAACUUGUAUGAUACAUUUAACAACCAUAAAUGGAAAUAGAUUACUUUGAGAGCCAGCUCUAGGUUGUCUGCUUAUGUAUAUAAUUAAUUGUUCUAAUCUAUCUAACAACUCAUUAACAUUUCUCUAAUAAGUGGGUGCCUGUGUUCAUCGACAUAUCAUAAGAAGUGUGCGUCAUAUGAAGCCCAAUGUGUUUACCCCAGUGCAUGAGAUGAGCUGAUUAACAAGUUAAAAUUAUGUUUUUUGCUUAUGCUUAACCCUUUGAGUGCAAGAUGUCAGAUACAUGACACAAUCAAAGGAUUCAUGGGAUAUUACAAGAGCUCCUACCUGGAGGAGAUCUUGCAGACUGAGGCAACAGACAUACAAGUGGAACAAAGAAGCCUCACUUUGAAUUAGUGAGCGUACUGGUGGACACUGAUGAUCACAUGAUAUUAUCAGCCCUGUGCAUUCUGGGAUGUGUAGUUCUGAAAAGAAUAAGGGUUUAGCUUGCAGUGCAGAAAAAAAUAGUCAUGUUUUGGGGGUAACAGCCCCUAACAUUGUAACAUUAGGUGUUUAAGAGUCUAAACCAGGCUUCUCCAAACGCCGGCCCUCCAGAUGUUGCUGAACUACAACCCCCAUGAUUCUCAGCCUAUCUAUUUCAUUCAUAGAAUCAUGGGAGUUGUAGUUCAGCAACAUCUGGAGGGCCGGAGUUUGAGGAAGCCUGCUCUAAACAGAGACAAUCCUGCUGCCUUGGACUACAUUUCCUAUGAUGCAUAACCAACUAUACAAUUUGGUCACAGCGUGGGUAAUGUAGUCCUCAGCAGCAUGAGUGCCAAAGGUUAGCAGUAGCUGUAAGAACUGAUUGAAGGAAAGCGAUUAUAUCUCUGUAUUUCUUGUAAUAUCUUUUCUUAUCCCUAUGGUUAACAAAUAUAUAUUUGUGAGGUGUGAAAAAUAGGAUUAAAUUGAGAAAUUCACACCUGAUUAUCCUGCCAUUGGGCGACUCCAUCUUGGCAACCUGUCAAAUAUUUUUAUAAACUCCGUUCUUUGCACCUGCAAUCAGCAUAUAGAAAGCAUACAGAGGAGAAAUGAAACAAUGUUUCCGUUACCCCUCUUCAUUUGCAAUGCUUUCUUCUGUUUGCUACCUAGCUAGAACCUCCUGAGGCUUAUGUCACAUGAGUAGAAGACUCUCUUAAUUUCUAAAGUGCAUUAAAUGGGCUAUUUUAGUUAAACACUCUUUAUAAAGAAAUGACUCACAUUAAACAAAUAGUGCAAAACCCUGCAUUUCUCUGAUGUUUAUAUAAUUUUAUUCUUCUACCAAUUUUAACUUUUGUAGAUAAACAUGUUUACUGUAAGGGUCAUGUUUUGAUGCCUCUUUAACUUGUUUAGGUUUCUCAAUAUAAUUGUAGCGUUGUGCAUAUUGUUACAACACGACAGUGGAUGUUCUCUAAAACGACACCAAAUAGCCAAUAGAAAACCUGUUAUAACAGAAAAAACCUCAAAUGUGAAUACAGCAAAAUGGGUGGUUACCUUUUUUGACGGUGGUAGGUAGGUAUCUAGAAGUUGAAGGUGAAUAUGAGGGACAUUCAGCUGGGAUUAAAUGGGAUGUCACACCAUAUGGAAUGAAGAGUUAAAUCCAGCAAUUAAACAGCAAUGUGAGGGUUCUGGAUACCAGUACUCAUAGGUCAGCAUCCAAAGAAAACCAAUAAUGAAGUAAAAUCUAAGUAGAUAUCCAGAAAUCAGGAUCCAGUGUUUAGGUCACAGCUGAGAGUAUUAAAUGGGCCUAAAAGUCCACUGUGCAAGUCAGGAUUACAACCAUUUACAAAAUCGAUUGUGAGAGGGUUACUCGGGAGUCAGAGUCCAAUAUCCAAGCCAGAGUCAGAUCCAUGUAAGCAAGCAGCGUAGAAAGGGUUAACCAGCAAUCAAAGUCUAUUUACCAAGCCAGGGUCGGAAUGAUCAAAGCAAUCAGCAAAGAAGGGGCUAAGCAUAAUUCAAAGACCAGUUUCCAAGCAAUGGGUCAGUACUAUUAAACAUGCAACUCAGUGCGGGUUUAUCCAUAAUCCAAGGUAGAGAGUAGCAGCCAAGGGGCUGGAGAGGGGGAGACCUGGAGGGAAAAAGAUAGACUAGCAUGGAUUAACAGUAUGGCAAGGUUCCGGCGGCAUGAAGUUAAAUAGUGUUACCAAGACUGGCCUUAGGGGUGAGCAAACUGUGCAGCCGUACAGGACACGAUGGCAAGGGGACACCGGAUGGCAAACACAGCUCGCACACGCAGGGGCCAGCAGAGUUUGAAAGGCGGUCUACAUGUAAGGGAGGAGGUGGCUGAGUAUAAUAUUGGUGCUGCUAAAUGGGCAACGGGGCAGAGCUAAAUGCACCUUGAACCCGCUGCCUGGUUGGUGCUGCACACUGAAGGGAAGCAGGAAGGAGUCAAUGCUUCCCAACAAAUAGACCUCAGGGACUUCAGUACACUCCAACCCUCCACCACCAGCCAGUGACAAUAUAUUUGAAGAGGUGACUGUGUGUAUGUGUAACUGUAACUGUGUGUGUGUUUCUGAAACUGUGUGUGACUGUCUACCUGUGUCUUUGUGUGUGACUGCCCGCCUAUAACUGUGUGCCUGUAACUGUGUGCCUGUAACUGUGUGUUUGUCUGCCCGUACCUGUGUGUGUGUGUGUGUGUGUGUGUGACUGUCUGCCUGUAACGGUGUGUGUGUGUGUGUGUGUGUGACUGUCUGCCUGUAACUGUCUGUGUGUGCCUGUAAUUGUGUGUGUGUGACUGUCUACCUGUGACAGUGUGUGUGAAUGUGACUGUCUGCCUGUAGCUGUGUAUCUGUGUGCCUGCACCUGUGUGUGUGAUCUUCUGCCUUUAACUGUGUGUAUGACUGUAUACCUGUGAGUGUGUGUCCGCUACACACACACUGUACAUGGAUGACUGAGUGUGACCAUGGAGGGUGUAACGGAGCUCCAGUACUCCAACCGAGUACCUCCGCCAAGUCUGCUUCCUUGUAGCUUUCAGGGACCCUGAAACACUUCAGACCCAGACGCCAUCGCUUUACUGGGAUCACUUAGGGCCUUUUCCACCCUGGACCAAACACCAGACAACACAUGGUGAAGGUUAAACAGCAACUCUUUAAUGAAUCCAGCACACAUAGUUUAAGCCCCCAACAGCCUAAUUUACAUACAAUAGGUUACAUAGAUUACUUUAGUACCAGGAAGGAUGGGGUCAGACAAUAGCAGGGGCUGAUGGGAGAUUGAGGAGGGACAGAACAGCUAGUUUAAACUGGUCUGGCAGUGUCUCUGGGACAACGACCUGCUGGGGAAACAAUAGGACAGGAAAAGGGGGGGAGGGGGAGAUGCACAGACCAGCAAUACAUUCAACAUACCCUGCACAAAUAAUAGGCACAAUGUGACAAAAGACACAAAAGGAAUUUGGGAGCCCACCCAUAGUGUCUGUCUUCCAUCCCCAGUGAUGGUGACUACCGUCACAUAGGGCGGCUAAGGCCGGAUCUGAGUGUUAUGUACUCGAUCUGAACCUUAGAGGAGAGGUAUUGGAAAAUCUCAGCCUGGAGUAAAACAUGGCAAUAAUCCUGUAUUUUGGCAUUAGUAGUUAUUUGACUUUUCUUACUUUUAUAACAGCUUAAAAAAGAAGAAAUUCAUGUAGCUGGCUGAAAAAGCUCAGGAGAGCGAAACACGUUUUGUCUGCAAGGACUUUUUACACAAUCGUGGACAGUGUUAUAUAUAAUUUUUGUUUUGUUUUAAACUGUUUUUAUUACUUUUUUAUUGUCAAUAAGUUUAUACAUUGAGAGUCCUCUGCAGCCCCAGGAACCUUCAUUGGGGAAAGUGCCAUCCCCUUUAUAGUGGCACUAUUCCUACAUACCUUGAGAACCUGGACUUGGGCUCUAAAUAAGGUGAGCUCAAUACCUACCUCUAUACCUUAUCCAUUUUAUACUAGUAAUACUACACAUUCUCUUUCUUUUUUUGGAGGGUAUAUUCCAUUAUAUUCCAUUAAAGGAGUGGUGUGAUGCUGCCAUAAAAGCAUAUCAGCAAUCUAUACAGAGCCAAUAUAUAUAUAGGCUCCAUCAAAUGUAAGUGAUCUGACCAAGCAGAGUCAUAAUAUUUGUUGACUAUUACCAUCUGCACUACAUCUGUACUUUUUUGUCUUUUAUCUAUUGCCUAUAUCCCCCUGUACAUCUAUAUAUACACGUGGGGCAAGUCACCCCAUUGCCUUUUUUUUGCACUUUAGCGCAAUCUAAGUCUGACAGUGGUGAUCUGAACAUUAAGGAGCUCAACUAAAAUAAAAUGUUUUGGCUACAGCAGACAAUGCCAUAACACCUACAGUGUUGGCCGAAAGCACUGCUAGACUGCCUUGGCAUACCUCUCAACAAUACCGGAUAUGACAGGACCAUCCCAAUUUCAGUGUCUUGAUCCACUGUCCUAGGUGUGAUCCCUGCUUCCCAAAUGUUAGGGCAUCAGAGAACUGUCCGCUCCAAUCUUAACGCAAGAGCAUCAAUAGACGAGUUUACUCUGAACUGAAAGGUGUCAGCUCACUAGUGUCUACUUAGCAAAUGUGUAACAAGUUAUCCCAUACCUCUGAUAACCAGCUCUCCUCUGGGUUUCACUUCCCAGUGCACUGUAAAAAUAAUCUGCAUGGGAAUAAAAACUGUUUCAAGUAGUGCUUUUAAUUAUGCAAUACCUCCCACUAUCCCUAUUUAGGAGUGACAGCCCCUAUUUUGUUUACCCAAAUCCCUAUGUUGCUCUUUUCUAGGAGCUCCAUAUUGUUGGUGUGUUUUGAGUGUGUAAGAGAGCUCCACGGCAAUAAUACUCCCAGUAAUGUGUCUUUAAACUACAAUAAAUGUGUUUAGAAAUCAGUCUGUGUAAAUAAUAUACAAUGUUCUUGUUCUAAACUACAUUAUAGUUGCAUAAACCAUUAUUAGUAACUUGGACCUCUAAAAUUAAAGUGAAAUUCACUUUAAAUUCACAUUGGAUUCUCACUUUAAUAAUUAACCCUUUAGUAAAUAAUGAUAUAAUUACUGAGUAGCGUUCACACCCUGUGUGUUCUGAUUAUCAUAAUCCUGUUUUAAUCUAUAUAUGGUUAUACUGACUACAUUCCUGGAUGUGUUAGGACAGGGAUAGGCAACCUUCGGCACUCCAGAUGUUGUGGACUACAUCCCCCAUACUGCUCUUACACACAUAAUGCUGGCAAAGCAUCAUGGGAGAUGUAGUCUAAACAAGCAUCAGCAGUGCUGAAGGUUGCCUAUGCUUGUGUUAGGACAUGAAAGUGAAAGUGAAAGUGAAAGUAACUGGUGGUUGCAGUAUGACAAAAGAAACAAAAAAAAAAAAUAUUUUGAGGAAGCGGGAAGAACUCUGCAGCUCUCUGAAAAGGUGAGUUUAUAUCUACAUUUAUAUUUAUUUGUGUGCUUGCUGGCAUACUGUUUAAUCAUUUUAUGUAGUUUAUAAAAACAUGUCUGGAAGAGAGCUCUAACAAAACAUGUUUUUUCUGCCCCCUCUGUUUUCUUAAGCACUUCUUUAUAACUUAUGAAUCUUUUUCACAUAAGUAUUAACUUAUAUUUAGAAAGAUAAGUUCAUAUGUAUAUCAAGAUGAUCAAGACUCAGGAAGGUCGAAACGUUGAUGCUUGUUUGAUGAAUAUAUUAAAUAAAAAAUACAUAGAGAGUGCUCCUUUUUGACCCUUGAUACAUACAGCACUGUUCAGCACCCAGGUGGUUACUAUUAGCUUUGUUUGUCGUUGGGAUGAUUGCCAGACAUUUUAUAUAUAUAUAUAUAUAUAUAUAUAUAUAUUUAUACACAGUCAUGGAAAUAGAAAGUACACCCUCUUUGAAUUCUAUGGCUUUACAUAUCAGGACAUAAUAACAAUCUGUUCUUUAGCAGGUCUGAAAAUAAAUUAGAUGAAUACAAUAAAAUAAAUACAAAUAUUUACAACAGCUACAUCUGCAGGGUUAAAACCUGAGGGACCUGGCACCCAGACCACUUAAUUGAGCUGAAGUGGUUUGGGUGACUAUAGUGUCCCUUUAAAAUAAAACCAAAAUGGAGAAAUGUGUGAAAAACUAAGUACACCCUUACUGCUUCUAUAGGAAUUAAGAGGCUAAGUAGCAGACAGGUGCUGCUAACAGGGCCGUCUAUAAUAUGAUUAGGACCCUGGGCAAUGCAUUUUCUUGGGCCCCAUGGGCCCUGUCCCUGCCACUGCCUCACCCCCCAAUUACGUCCAACCCGCAAUCACACUGACAAACGUACUGGCACAUACACACACAGACAGACAUUAAAACAUUCACAGAUACAUACUGACACACACAGUCACUACACACAAAUAUAUACUGGCAGACAUACUGACACACACACAGACAUACAUACAUACAUACACAGACACAUACAUUAACAAAUAUACUGACACACACACAAACACAUACACUGACAGAUAUACUAAAGCACACAGACACAUACACUGACAGACACAUUGACACACACACACAGUCAUACUGACAUACACACUGACACACACACACACAGGCAUACUGACAUAUACACAGACUGACGUAAUGUCUGAUACAGACAGACAGUAAAACAUUCACAGAUAUAUACUGACACACACGUACACUGACAUACAAAUAUAUCCUGGCAGACAUACUGACACACACACACACAGACAUACAUACAUACAUACAUACACACACAGACACAUACACUGACAGACAUACUGACUGACACACACAUACACACACAGACAUACUUACAUACACACACAGACAUACUGACACACAAAGACAUGCUGACACACACACACAGACAUACUGACAUACACACAGACAGACGUACUGGCACAUACACACAGACAGACAUUAAAACAUUCACAGAUACAUACUGACACACACAAAUAUAUCCUGGCAGACAUACUGACACACACGUACACACACACACACAGAGACAUACCUACAUACACACACACAGACAUACUGGCAUACACACAGACAUACUGACACACACACACACACAGACAUACUGGCAUACACACAGACAUACUGGACACACACACACACACACACACACACAGACAUACUGGGCACACACACACACAGACAUACUGACACACACACACAGACAUACUGGCAUACACACACAGACAUACUGACACACACACACACACACACUGACACACACACACUGACACACACACACAGACAUACUGGCAUACACACAGACAUACACACACACACAGACCUACUGACAUACAUUUAGCCACCCUCCAGGUUCUUACUUUUUUCUGGAGGGUGGUUUCCCUGGUCCAGUGGCAGGCUGAGGCAGAUGGGAGUUCUCCUCUGGAACUCCCCUCCUCCCUGCCUUCCUCCUCCCGCGUGGCUAUCUCCGGUGAGAGGAAGUGACGUCACUUCCUCCCAGCUGGCUGCAGAACCGGAAGAGGGGCCCGGUCGCGCUGUUUAAGCGCCACAGCGCCCGACCGGGCCCCUGCUGACACAUGCUCCCCAGGUGGCCCUUAGUGCAUGGGCCACCCGGGGAGCCUCCUCAGUGUGCGGGAGCCGCACCGCCUGGUCCAUAGGAGCUUCGCAAAUCGCGGGGCCCACAGAGCAGCUGCUCUGGGCCCCCAGGAGCAACUGGGCCCGGGGCAGCUGCCCCGUUUGCCCCGCGUUAAAGACAGCCCUGGCUGCUAAUAAAAUGCCCUUGAUCUGUUGAUCAUCAGCAAGUGUGGCCACCUCUAUACAAGCUGAAGUUUUAGCAGUUUUCUGGUCUGGAGCAUUCAGGUGUGUUUACACUAUGCCAAGUAGGAAAAUCACCAGCAAUGAUCUUGACUGAAUGAUCAAACUGGGAAGGGUUAUAAGGCCAUUUCCAAACAAUUUAAAGUCCAUCAUUCUACAGUGAGAAAGAUUAUUCAAAAGUGGAAAAAUUCACUGGUACUGACAAAAAUAUCAGGUGAAAUAAUAGCGUGAAAAAACAAACAGCAUAAUUUUAGUUCUUCAAUAAUGAAAUGUAUUAGCAACCUACUAUUUAAAGCAUGGGUCCUCAAACUCCGGCCCCCCAGAUGUUGCUGAACUACAACUCCCAUUAUUCUUUGAAUUACAUAGAUAGCCAGAAUCAUGGGAGUUGUAGUUCAGCAACAUCUGGGGGGCUGGAGUUUGAGGACCCAAGAUUUAAAGAGAUACACUGAGACCAAAAUAACUUUAGCUUAAUAAAGUAGUUUUGGUUAGAAAAGAAGAUGCCCCAGCAGCCUCAUUGCUUCAUUUUUUGCCUUUUGGGGAUUAACCCCUUAAGGACACAUGACAUGUGUGACAUGUCAUGAUUCCCUUUUAUUCCAGAAGUGUGGUCCUUAAGGGGAGUAAAUCACUUUAUUUAUGAAACCCCGGCCACCUUCAUUGGCUGUGACUCACACAGUCUCUCUCCACACUUCCUAUAAAAAACAUUUUUAUUUAUUGCACAGUAUGUUUAAUUUAGAAUUGCGUAUAUCCAGCCCUGGUAAUAGAGGGGCAUCGUGUGUAUGAUUAAAGUUCAAUGUGUAGAGCAAGAGGUAGGGCCGGACUGUGACAAAAAUCAGAAAGGCAGUCCAAUACAAGAGGGCAGGGCCAAAGUGAGGGGCACAUUGUGUCAUCACCAAUGACACGCACAUGCACACCCAAAGUGGAUAUGCCAGUUUGAUUCCCCUAUCAGGGCAACUAAAGCUCAAUGCCCUGCUAAAGAGAUCUCACAGGGAAAAUGUCUCAUGAAUUUGCAUUUGUGGGGUAGACUACUGGUGGUGUAGUGUGUGUGUGUGUUUGUGUGUGUGGUGAACCAGUUUUUGUGUGGGGGUGAGCCUUGUGUGGUUGCAUGUGUGGUGCACACUAUCUGUGAUGUCCUAUGUGUUUGUGAGGAGACUGCUUGUAGGGCUAUCUGUGUGUGGGAAUUCAGCUUUUGGAAUUACAUAUGUAGGGCUAAUUGCAGGAGAGUAGACUUUUUAUUCCCUUGGGCCAGAGAGGAGGGUAUAUUACACCCUGGUGAUCCAGUGGGAAACACUUUGUCUACACCCCCAGCAGGUGCAGGCAGCUACAUCCUGCCUGUGUGCUGGGAAAGUAUAAGAGCAUUUCUGUGCUAACCCACAGCAUUACUCUGAUACAGGGACCAAAGUAGAGAUGUGCCAGAGGUUCAGACUUUCCCCAUGACAGCAUUAACAUGGGUGGGCGAUGUGGGAGACCGUGGACUGGUCAUGGACACCCGCACUUUUUGAGCUCCCAUAUUGGCCUUGGCCCAUGGCUAUCACGACCCAUCAGGAUUUUGCUUGGUUUGCCAAUGGCCAGUCUGGACCUGACAGGAGAUAAUUACUAAAGUAAACACACUGUGCUGUAAGAUCUGAUUAAAAAUGGGAGCUUUUUUUUUUUUAGCAAUUUCUUUUUGUGUCAAUCUUUAUUUUCUUCAGUGCAAAAGAGUACACAUAGGCUUGUAAAGCCACAACAGCAAAUGUAAGCUUUCAAUAAGACACAUGAUGUCAUAUUGUUAUGGCAUGACAUGACAUGUACUAGCACAUUUUUAGGAAAUCAAAAAGAAAACAAGAGAAAAUAACAUAAAUGCAGUAUCAGAUAUCCAGACACAGGCUUCAAGCUUAGGUUAGAUAAGACGAAAACUGUCUGGUAUAAAACUAGCAUUAUAGGUCGAUUAAGGAGUAAAGCAUAUAUAUGAGACAUGCAAUGGUACCAGACUUAUAACUACAUGAAAAUAAAGCAUGAUAUUGGUACUUAUGACUAGUGAAGAAGAGUACACUGACUCAUUUGUAAACACACCAGAAUAAGCUUAAUGUAGUUGUUCUGGUGAGUAUAAUAGCUCCCUUCAGGCAUUAUCAUGCAAACACUGCCUUUUCAGAGAAAAGGUAGUGUUUACAUUGCCCCUAGGGACACCUACAAGUGGCCACUCCUUAGAUGGCCACUGGAGGGGCUUCCUGGCUCACGGCUGCACAGUAAGCAGCCCUGCCGUUCAGCGUCCCCACGAGGGGCUAAGGGUGGGUUUAGCACUAUAGGGUCAGGAAUACAUGUUUGUGUUCCUGACCUUAUAGUGAUCCUUUAAUGUGCCACUGGGUACUAUGCCCACAGAAAAAACAGGACUAAAAGGACUAUACUGAAAAAUUAGAUUUUCAUGCAGGCUGUGUAAGUUACAGCCAAGGGAGGUGUGGCUAGAGCUGCAUAAAUAGAAACAAAAGUAACUCCUAAAUGGCAGAGAAUUGAGCAGUGAGACUGCAGGGGUUUAACAGAUCUAUACAUCAAAACUGAUUUUGGUUUUGGUACUUAGAGGGUCCCUUUAACAAAAAAAAUGUUUUUAAACUGCUACAGAUACUAAACCCAAAAUUGGUUUUGUUGUUUUUCUUUUGUUUUCUUUACUAGUUGUCCUGUGAUUCAUGUGAGUAAACGGCAGGUGGUCAAAGGACUUUGUGUUCGCAAAUUUCAGUAGGUGUUUAUUUAACAUAUGAAACUUUUCUUUCUGUUUCUGUUUAACUUCCAGAGUGAGAGAAAGAGGAAUUAUUACACGGUGACGGUGAGCAGCACUUGGUUUAAUGUACCUUAUCUCCCAGGUAAGAGCAUAAUAUGUUAUGACUUAAAGGAUUAGUCUAAUUUCCCAAAACACUUUAACUUAAAAGGAACACUAUAGGGUCAGGAAUACAAACAUGUAUUCCUGACCCUAUAGUGUUAAAACCACCAUCUAGCCCUCCAGUCUCCCCAUUGUCCCCAAAAAUAUAGUAAAAAUGUAUUCCUGACCCUAUAGUGUUAAAACCACCAUCUAGCCCCCCAGUCUCCCCAUUGUCCCCAAAAAUAUAGUAAAAAUCAUACCUUUAUUCCAGUCUGCUGCUUGGCUGAGAUCAUCAUAAAUGAUUCUCUCAGCCAAUCACAAUGAUGUAACAUAGCAUUGGCUGAGACUGUCAAGGAGGCAGAUCAGGGGCAGAGCCAGCACAAGUCAAACACAGCCCUGGCCAAUCAAUGUAUCUCUAUGAGGAAAUGUCAGUGUCUCCAUGCAGAGGGUGGAGAUACUGAAUGGAAGUACUGUACAGUGUGCUGCACUGCCCUAGGAAACACCUCUAGUAGCCAUCUGAGGAGUGGCCAGUGGAGGUAUCCCUAAGCUGUAAUGUAAAUACUGCAUUUUCUCUGAAAAGACAGUGUUUACUGCGAAAGCCUGAAGGGCUUAUACUCUGAUUAUACUCACCAGAACAAAUACAAUAAGCUGUAGAUGUUCUGGUGACUAUUAUACAAGUGCAUUCGUUAUAGGACGAAUAUGAUUUUGUCCUAAUUUCCAGGUCACGGGUUGGGGUGCGCGAGAAGGGGCAUGCGGGAGGAUUUAACCUCCCUUUAAUAAUAUGGGUGUCAUAGUGACCCCCAUAAGAUUUAAUGCAUGGGGCUGGGUAGGAAUUGUUAAUGUUUAUUACAAGGAGUGAGCUGGUAGCGCUGCUGACCCCCUCUUUGCUCUUUUAGUUUUUUGUGUAUGCGCCAAAAUGUGCGAAAAAAAAUAUUUUUACUAAAUUUCAUCCAAAAAACGAAUGCAACAGGGAAGGGGGAAUACAUUUUUAUUUUUAAAUAAUUAUUAAUUUAAUACAUAUUAUAUACAAACACUACAAAUAUUGACACACACUACACAUGGAUGAAGGGGUAUGACCGGCGGGGAGGGGCUGUGAUGAUUUUUUGCACAGGGCGCUCUAGGCCGGCCCUGAUUCCUCUCUUGCAACUAUCACUAGUCUAAUACUAUCCUUACCUUUUGUGUCACUUUACCCCACUUCCUCUAGCAUGUAAGCUCAUUGAGCAGGGCCCUAAACCCCUCUGUUCCUGUGUGUCCAACUUUUCUGGUUACAACUACAUGUUUGUUCAUCCACCCAUUGUAAAGCGCUACAGAAUUUGUUGGCGCUAUAUAAAUAAUAACAUAAUAAUUCCACUCAACAUAAAUGAUGUUUAUUGUUGCAAUGUCUUUCUCUUUUUUUCUUACUGUUAAAUAUAGCUUUAACUGAAAAAAUAUUACAUUGCCACUUUAACAUCUACAUUUGUCUUCACUGAACAUUGUUAAGAUAAUCUUUUUUGCGCCUUGUUCACAUUGUAUAAAUACAGUUUGGUUCAAUUUGAAGUUUUUUUAUGCAAUAAAAUUUCUUAUCUUACAGCCAUGACUGAGGAACGCACAAGUGAAGCAGGUGAAGAACAAGGAAUCACAGAAGAAAAAGACUUGGCAGAAAAACUAAAUGAAGUGGGAUUAGAGCCGAAAAAAUGGCUGCCUCUGCUCAAGCAAAUUUUGGGUGUAACAAAUGUGCAAGUCCUAAAACACACUGGCCCGCAAGAUUAUCAUAAAAUAGAAAAAAAAGCUGAUCAUCCUUGGGAAAAACACUCACUUAGAAAACUGUUGAAUGCUGAUGGAGGCCAGAUAACAUUAAGUCAAAUGCAAGAUGACCGCAUCAAACGAUUAAAAGAAAAUCAAGAUGGCUCUAAGAAAGCCCUGGAAGAACUGAAGAAAAUGAUGAAUGAAGGCAAAACACAUUUCAGCAAGGAAAUUUUGGAAAGUGAGAAAAACUUGUGCAAAGCAAUGGACAUAUCAAAAGAAUCAUGGCCCUCAUCUAAUGAACCGUUGGAAAAAGUGGUUGAGAAACUACACAUGAUGCUGAACAUGAAGGAUGAGGUACUUUGUAAUGCUACCAACCUGCCUGAUAAAGGUGUUUUUCUUAAUGCUUCUUGUGGCCUUGCCUUAGAAGGUAUAUAUAUGACAUCAAAACAAGAUGAUGUCCUAAAAAAGAGAGAACAAAUUAUUGCUUUACCGGAGGACAUUCACUUAACUUGUCCACAGAAAGGACCUGUGUUUGAACAGAAAGAAUUCUCAUCUUCUACAGCAGAGUCAACAUUCCAUACAACCAUGGAAAAGCUUGGAUACAGUAUAGCUGCCUCAGCAAAGGGUGGUUUCUGGGGUUUUCAGGCAGAAGCCAAUGCCAAUUAUAAGACAUCUGAAAAGUCUGCAAAUAAGAGUGUGUUCCACACCGAACAAGCUUAUUUUUGCACGACAAAAUACAACUACAUUCCACUGGCAUCCUGUUAUAUUCCUAAAGAUAAGCUCUGUCUUUCUGGAGCAGCUCUUAAGGAUUUACAAACCAUUGAGGAGCUUUCAAGACACAGCCCAUUAGAAGACAAGUUCACAUUGAUUAGAGAACAGUACGAGAAAUUUUUCAUUCGUUAUGGCUCCCACGCAAAUCAAGGAACCAUUCACUUUGGAGGAAUUUUCUGGUGGAAAGCAACUUCGCAAGGAUUCAAGGAAGACAAGCUAGAGGAAAUUAAAAAAGAGAAUUCAGAGGCUCUCAAUGUUUAUGCAGGUGGCAGCUAUGAAGGGUCAUUCUCUGCCGCAGCUAGUGUUGAUGUGACACGAACUAACUCUAAAAAGUCUUCUCUUGAAACAAAACAACAAACACUCACGAAACAAACACAGCUUUAUGUGUCCAAAACUGGAGGACCUGUUGGUGUUGAUUGCCACAAUUUAUGGAAAUGUGGACUUGUUGCUAGCAACAAGACAUGGAAUGUGAUUGAUCGAGGCUUUUGCCUUAUACCUGUAUGGGAAAUAAUAAUUUUUGCUCACAGGGAGGAUUUCAAAGAUGUCCGCCAAGUUAGCAUUGACCUUACAAAAGUCUAUGAAGCCAUUACUAAUCAAUCCCAACAUUUGCUAUUUGGUGAGAAUAUUGUCACUGCACUGGAGGAAGCCAGGAAGUUCCUGUCCGAUCUGUCAUCCUGGGAGGUAACAUCAGCAGAACUGCAGUUAGCCAGGCUGAUUGAUUUUAAGCAAAGGUUAAAUGAAAUAACAAAAAACUAUAACAUUUGGGUCAAUGUUUGUCUGCCUGACAAGGGGAUUCAACGUUUCUUAGGAAAAGUUAUUGAAUCAUACAAAAAUACCCAAUCUGAUGUGACUUUCAUCCGGUCACAGAUUAAAUGUUUGCUACAAAAUUAUGAAUGUUCAAAGGAGAACUUAACUGCAUACUCUUUUAUAAUCAAAUGGGUGUAUCAGUCAGAGGAAAAGCAAAGCUCUGUUUCUAUUAAAGACUUUUCGAUGUUCAUUAAUGUUCUCUCACAAGCAAAGAAUGAUCUUCUUCCUGCAAGUACUUGUCUGUACAUUUCCGAGGAAGAAAUUAGUGAAACCCAAAUAAAAGUUAAUAUUACUGUUCUUUCAGCAAUCAAUUCAUUUUUAAAGACACUUAAACAUAUGGGUCAGACUGAUAUUGAACUUUUGAUAAUUACAGUUAUGAGCAGUCUUGGUUACUGCUUAAGAAAGAAAGAUUUCCAAUAUUUCCUUGGCUGGCAAGAAAUUCGAUUAAUGGAAAAGGAAAUAAAACGCCUGUACAAUGAGUACAACAAUCUCAGGGAGCUUCAGGUUUAUCGAGCACAAGCUUUUGUGCUAAAGGCAGGUUUAACAGCAGGUGAUAAUGUUAGACCUAAAUCUUUCGAACAAAAAAAAGAGCUUGUAGACUACAUGGUAAAAACCAUGAAAAGUUACCUUGAACAGGAUAUUCUAGAUGUGCUAGAAAAGCAUUCUGAAUCCUGUGAGUUUCAGUCUCUAAAAGAAGAUUUGGAUCUGUUUAUUGCUGAUCUCUAUGGAGCGAAAAUGAAGCAAAAACCUGAAGAAAUUACUAAUAGAAUAAAAAAUGUUUGUCAAAUAAUUUGUCCAGAAGAUAUAUCAGCACAUACAUCCAGCGACCUUCAAGAAGCUCCAGAAGAAAGCUUGAGAAUUACCACCAACCAGGAGUUUUCUAAUUUGAUACAGAGCCUUGGGCUAGACAAAUAUUUCCCAAAAAAGAUGAGCAGAAAAAAACUCUGUAUCGUGAGCAAAUUCUCAGUAGACCAAUUAAAGACAGAACAUGAUCUGCCUUCAUGUUUUGUCCAAAUGCUUAUGACGUUAGAUUACAGAUUCAGAUACUUGGUUUGCAAAGAUACAAGUCAAGCAAAUAUUCCUGGAAAUGUUAGUUACCCAACACAACAAUUAAAUACAUUUGAUUCAGCAGAUGAUUUUUUAAAUAAUUUCCAAAAAGAAGAUACCAUACAAGCAAAAAGUAACAUGCACCCUGCAGAUAUCCUCAUGGCAAUGUUCUACUGUGCAGAUGAUUUCAUGAGACAAUAUAUGUUUUCCAAGCUUUCUCUGUGCCAGUUUGCACUUCCCUUCCUCGUGCCUUUGCCAUAUGAGGAUUCAAUAGAACUGCCUCUGUGGUCUCUUAGACUUGUCCAAAAAAGUAUUUUAUCUGCUGGAAAAGAUGGGGCAAGAAGUCAUCAAGAAAAACUCAUUUGCAAAGUUGAGAAUCCAAUGGCCUGUUUCACACGGAUUGGAAAAUCCAAUCUCUCAAAAUCACAAAUAUUAAACAACUUGCUUAGUACCUCAAAGCAUGACAUUUUCUACCAUAGAAACUGCAAAGGCUGUGAAAAGAAACCUAUAUUAAUGGAAGGUGUUGCUGAAAUCUUUUGGUUUUGCCCUAGUGGGAAGGAUGAGAACCAAUAUGAGUCAUGCACUGCUUUUGUCAAUUUACAUGGAGAUGCAAAGGAACACAAUCAACAAUCUGAUUUCCUACUUGAGAUCUCUACUGUUAAUAUCCUUCUGUUCUCUGAUUCAGAAAUGGAUAAAAAAGGCAAAGAUUUGCUCUCACGUAUGUUACAAAGCAAAAAACCUUUGAUAUGCCUCUGCCCUGAUCGAGAAUUUGCAAUAGGAACAAGCAAUUCUACUCAGGUGAUAAUUGGCCUCAAAAACCAAAAUGAAGCCAAAAUCCUGGAAGAGCUGUCUAGAACCCUGAAGCGCUUAUUGGGACUCUCCAAGAAGUCACAAAGUCUUGAAACCUGUGCUAAGAUUGCACGAGAUUGUGGUUUCUUUGUUGAUGAGGAUAAUUCUGAGCACGCAGAAGGGAAAGCCUCAGGCACAUAUUUGCUUAACUACAUAAAGGAAAAUGACUUAAUAAAGUCUAAGGAAGAAUUGUUGCCAAUUUCAGGACACUUGUGGCAUUCAUGGUGCAAAAAAGAUAAAGAGUUGUCUCGUCUUGCAAACAGGAUGAAGAGAAGUAUUGAGCAACAUAAAAGUGAAAUAGAAUCAGAGAAAAUGGCAAUAAGACGCAAACAGUUGGAAAAGACCCAAGACAAUAAUUUCAUGCUGUCUUUUAUUACUAAGCUAAAAUCAUUACCAAAACCAACUAAAAUGUUCUUUUUACAAUGGUUUAAAUUAUUCAUAGAUGAUCUUUCUUGUGAUCAUAUUAAGGAGCUGCAGUAUCAGUACAAUCAACUAUGGUCCCAUCUUCAAACAGAAAAAUCUAAGAGUGAAAAUCUGAGCAGCACUCUCCUACAGGACAUGGACAACCUAAGCAGAAAGAUAAAUGCCUGUAUGUUUGGUCUAGAGCAUGUACUAAGGGAACUUGGUCAAACAUAUGAAGUAUUAAGUGAACUUAAGCUUAACAAUGAUAACUGUUACACAGAGCUCCCAAAAAUUGCUGCAGAUCUCAUGGCAUCAGGCUAUCCGAUAGAACUAAUGGAUGGAGAUGCUUCCUACCUUCCAUUAAAAUGGAUUAGAGCUGUUUUUGAUGAGCUUAUUAAAAUUAUAGGCGAUAAGAAAUUAUUUGUGCUUUCAGUACUUGGGGUCCAAAGCUCAGGAAAAUCAACUCUACUAAAUACCAUGUUCGGUCUUCAAUUUGCAGUCAGUCCUGGACGAUGCACACGAGGAGCAUUUAUGCAACUUGUUGAUAUUGAUGAAGAUUUGAAAAAAGAUUUAGGCUUUGAUUUCAUUCUUGUAAUUGAUACAGAAGGACUUCGGUCAAUGGAACUGGUCAACCAGUCAAAUCAGAAUCAUGAUAAUGAGCUAGCAACCUUCGUUAUUGGUGUUGGGAAUAUGACAUUGAUUAAUGUGUUUGGAGAAAACCCUUCUGAGAUCAAAGAUAUUCUCCAAAUUGCUGUGCAGGCUUUUCUAAGGAUGAAACAGAUAAAACUUUCCCCAAGUUGUGUGUUUGUUCAUCAAAAUGUAUCAGAAAUGUCUGCUUCUGAGAAAAAUUUGGAAGGCCGUAUACAUUUAGAAAAAGAACUGGACAAAAUAACCAGUCUUGCAGCUGAGCAGGAGUUUUGUAAUGUCCAACGUUUCAGGGAUGUCAUCAGAUUUGAUGCAGAGAAACAUAUCCUUUAUUUUGCUCACUUGUGGUUAGGAAACCCGCCAAUGGCACCACCCAAUCCUGCAUACACUCAAAAUGCCCAAGAACUGAGAAAUAUUAUCCUUCAAGCUGGUGGAACAGAGGCAAAAAGUCUUUUGAGCAUCUCUGAACUUAAAGUUCGCAUCGAGGACCUUUGGCUCGCCUUAAAGAAUGAGAACUUUGUAUUCAGCUUUAGAAACACCCUGGAAAUUUCUGCUUACAGCAAAGUAGAAAAUAGAUACAACCACUGGACCUGGCAGUUGAGACGACAUGUUCUGGAGUUACAGAUAAAAUUGAGCAAUAAGAUUAAGAAAGGGGAGAUUAGUAAAUUGGAACGGAAGGAUGUACAAGAGAUGGUACAAGAGAAGUUUGUUGAUAUUGAUAAGGAAUUGAACAUUUUUUUCAAUGAGGACAAAGAUAAAGAAAUACUGGUUCAGUGGAGAGAAAAUGUUAAAAAGAGGUUGAAGAAUCUUCUGAUUGAACUAGUCGAAGAAACUAAACGACAAGGACAAGAUCUGAUAAGACUAAAAAAGAGCCAGAGCAAAGUAAAACAAAAGCAAACAGACUAUGAAGAAGAACUCUUUAAAAAAAGCAAGCAAGUGGCGCUUACUAUAAAAAAUGAGGAUUUAAAAGAAGAGGAUCUGAGAGAACAUUUCAUUACUCUCUGGCAGUCUUGGGUGAUGGAAAUCAAGUCCUCGCUCCCGCCUGUUGAAAAACCUAAUCUAAUUAGGGAUGCAGAAGCAAUUAUUUGGGAUUAUUUCCAAAAUGAGCCUGGUAUAGCUGACAAAUUGAGAGAUGUCUCUAAGUGGAAGCUAUUUUCCAUUGAUUUUGGAAAGCACAUUUCUAUGAAAAGACGUUUUCUACUGGAAAAAUCGUUAACUCAACAUGAUAAGUACUUCAUUCAGAAUGUGGUAGAUAACCUCAAGAAGGAGAUUACUGAAUAUUUGGAAAAAAAACACCAAAAUAAUGUAGAUUAUAAUGAAGGAUUUUUUCAUGAAAUAAUAAACAUAGUACUGGAUGACGGUAAUUUGAAAUCAGAAAGCAACAACUUCACAUUCACUAAAACUUUGAAAGUUGAUUUGUCAUUAUACUUGUUUCAUAUGGCGAUACCAUCAUUUGAUGAAUUGCAGCAUGUUUUUCAUAUUAUGAAUGACCCACUGGAAGUUCUUGAGAGUAGACAGGAAGAGUUUUUUAAUUGUUUCAAAAUCUCCUGUGAAGGAGCUACUUCAGUCACAACAUUCGCCAAUUACCUAUGCUCUAAGCUCAUAGAUGAUGUUUGUUCUGCAGUAUAUAACCGAACAGCAUUAGCUGUUGUAGAUGAGAUGAGCUGUAAUUUUCCAGCCUUUAGUGGUAAUCGGUCCAAGUUGGAAACUUACAUUUUAAUACAUCUCGCCGAACAUGAAGACUUUGAAAAAUACAGACAGUACUUGCAUUUUCCAGAGCAAUUUUUUGAAAGCUACAUUGAGGAAUGUGUUCAUGGCUACUGUUUAAACCAGAGUUCUCCAAGGCUGAAUAACUUAAUAAACAUCAGUGUAGAUCAUUAUCAUAAUCUUUUACUUUUGGCAAUUAGUGAAUCUACCCAGCUUGCCACAGAUAAAGGCAGCAAUGUAUCAGGGUGGCUAGAUGAGUUCUACAAACGAGUGGAAGACAUUGUCUCCUUUUCAAGAGGUGAAUUAAGAAGCAUAGAGCAUCAGGAGAUCCGAGACAUCGAGUUUAUCAAGGAAGCAAUGAGCAAGGCUUGGGAUGUGUCGAUGGAUACCUUGAAAACCAAACUUGAUAGAAGUAGUUUUGACUGUUUUGAGACAAAGCCAUCAAACAUUCUAGUGAAGCAACUAUGUGGAUGUUGGGAGCAGUGCCCAUUCUGCAAAGCAAUUUGCACCAACACCAUCCCAGGUCAUGAUGGGGACCACAGUGUCCCUUUCCACCGAUCCCAAGCAAUUAGUGGCAUUCCAUGGAUUAAGUCCAAUGAAUUUGUCACAGAAAUCUGUUCUACUCUUGUAUCAUCUGAUGCCUGUGCAGUAAUAAGUGAUACAAAAGAAAUUCCAUACAAAGAUUAUCGAAAGAUUGGUCCCAAUUAUGAAAAGUGGAGUAUCACACCGGAUACCUCAGCCCAGCCCUACUGGAAAUGGUUUGUUUCUUUUUUCCGGACCAACCUGGAAAAUGAUUAUGGGUGCAGGUUUGUAGGGAAAGGUGCGAUUCCACCCCAGUGGGAAGCAAUCACCAAAGAUGAAGUCAUUGACAUGCUAAAAGAACAAAUUGGUACAAACUAGUCUAUUAUCGAAACAUCCUUGCUUUAAUAGCACCAGAUUUAAUGUUAACAGCCCAAUUUAAAGGAUGUGUAUCUCAUCCAUUACACCACUGAACAACUCUCAAAGCUAGUACCAAAACUCCCACAGACAUUAAUAGAAAUCUUGAUGUUAAUUCAUAUUUAACAGGCACAUGUGCAUGUAAAAACUAAACAGUUAUGCAGUCAAUCCUAUGUCUCCUUUAGGUAGGUAUAUCCAUAAGAUAAUGCAAGCCCACUAAAGGACUUCCAUAACAGGUAUCCAACCUACUCUAAAGUGAAAUAUCUUUAAAGUUUUAAUGCACGUACCAAAUAUAUAUCACCAAAAUACCAAUUUGAACCAAGUUUAAACACGUCUGGUUCAUUCACUAAACUGUGAAAUUUAAAUAAAUGGGCACAAUUUAGGCCCCAACAGCCAAAUACUAAUAAUUGCUGGUAAAGCGUGCUGGGAGCAAUCUUACUUAUUGCCAAAAUUAAAAAUCCAUAUUUGCAUUUGAGAAUUAGACAUGCAAAUCACUUAUCCACAAUAGAAUUUACUCUCAAUAUUGUUUUGGUGUACUUGCUAAAGCCCUGGGAAUAUUUAUUGUGAGCGUCAUAGUUGGUGCAUGUGUGCAUUUGUUGCACUCGUCCUUACAGGAAUAUAUUUGUUUGACAAUGAAUGAAUUCAUCUGGCAUAGAACCCCUUUAGGUUAAUUGUUAAGCUGAUUGAUCAAGUAUUAACAGUAUCUUGAGUAAAAAUUAAACAUUAAAAAGAUACACAGACAAAUCUAUAUGGAUAUAUUUGAAAUCAGGCUGAGGGAGAGAGAUAUAUUAGGGUCAGAUGGGCCUGCAAUA